AUGAAAUCAACCGCAUGGCAGGGGAGGUAAGAGGAAGCAAGGUCCCAGACAGCACAGAAGGGAAUGGACACUGGUCUCGAGAGACUUCGGAUGAGUGGCAAGCCUAGAUCAGAGUUUCCCAAACUUGGGUCUCCAGCUGUUUUUUAAACUGCAACUCCCAUCAUCCCUAGCUAGCAGGACCAGUGGUAAAGGAAUGAUGGGAAUUGUAGUCCAAAACCAGCUGGAGACCCAAGUUUGGGAAGCCCUGAUCUAGAUGAAGACAGCAGAUGGGCGCAUGCAUACAGGAAGCUGUUAAAGGCAGAAAUGAUGGGCAAAACUAGAUAUGAAGCCUCAGUCCGAACAAAUAUGGGCAGGUGGGAAGCUGGUGGGAAGGCACUGCUCCCAUAAAGCAGCUAUGUAUCCUAUAGAUAGCAUUCCUUUCUUCUCAAGGCUGUCAGAGGACCAUCCUCUUUAUGAAGGUGUCUUCUGUUCAGUUCAAGUUUGGUUUACAGCAGAGACGGCUAACCUGGUGCCCUCCAGAUGUUGGUGGGGUCUGCAGCACCAAUCAUUCCUGACCUUCAGCCAUGCCAGCUCAGCUGAUGGGAGCUGGAGUCCAACAGCAUCUGAAGAACCACAGGUUAGACUUAAAAAUAAAGAAGCCUAAGAAGGGGCCCCCUGAGAACUUUCUCUGAUCCCUAUAGGGAAAAUGUUUGAUAUCUGUUACAUUGUGUGUGAGUUAACAAAGGACUUUCUUCCUCUUCCCUCCCACAGCUAAACUAGGUGAAGGAAAUUAAGCAGCUGGAGCAGAUAAAUAAUAUGGAAUAAUUAUAUGAGUAAAGAUAAACUGGAAUGAAUCCAAUAACUAGGAAGGAAAUUUGGGUGGAAGCAGGACAAUGAGGUGGAGGAAAUUAUUGUCCUGGAGGAAGUGAAGGGAUAUGGAGGGUGGCGCUGUUACUGAUCUUCUGUAAGCUUUUCAUGGGCUUCACUGAGCUUAGAGGCAAAAUAACAGCUAUAUAGAGAGGAUGAGGUCAUUUUUUAGGUAUCCUGGUCCCAUACUGAAUAGGUCUUGGUGUACUAACACCAGCACAUUGAAUGUAUCCUUGUAGCUAAUUGGCCACCAGUGCGAGUUUUUAAGCAGUGCCAUAAUAUUGUUACAAAAGCCCGACGCCUGCCCCCUCUCUCUGCCAAGCAGUGGCCAGAGCGCAUGGGUUCACAGGCACAUGUACAGUGGUACCUCGGGUUACAUACGCUUCAGGUUACAGACUCCUCUAACCCAGAAAUAGUACCUCGGGUUAAGUACUUUGCUUCAGGAUGAGAACAGAAAUCAUGCUCUGGCCGUGCGGCAGCAGCAGGAGGCCCCAUUAGCUGAAGUGGUGCUUCAGGUUAAGAACAGUUUCAGGUUAAGAACGGACUUCCAGAACAAAUUAAGUACUUAACCUGAGGUACCACUGUACAGGGUCUGUGUCUCUUCGGAGAACAGAAGACAUGACGGAGGCUGUCGUGCUUUAAGAAAUAGGGCUUAUUCGCCUAUUUACACCUUCCGCCUACAUCUUAUAGGACGCUUAUGAAAGCCUAUGAGAUGGCUAUGAAAGCUGCUAAGAAAUCUUACUUUGCAGCUUCCAUUGCAUCCGCUAGCUCUCGCCUGGCACAACUUUUUAGAAUAAUUAGAUCAAUAACGUCCUUAGGACAACCAAAUUUAAGCACAAAUUCGACCCACAGCUGUGAGGCAUUCGUGAGCUUUUUUGCGGAGAAAGUCCUGUUGCUCCGUCGUGACCUCCCUGCCAAUUUAGAUACAGUGACUGAACUGGAGGCCCCUCGACUGACUUCAGGUCCAGUGUUGGACCAUUUCGAUCGAAUACUCCCUGCUGAUGUGGAUAGAUUCCUCCAAGUUGGUAGGCCCACCACCUGCCUCCUUGAUCCGUGCCCGUCUUGGCUGAUUAGGGAGUGUCCAGAUGUUGCGCGGACCCCCUUGGUUGAAAUUAUCAAUUUGUCCCUUGACACGGGGACAUUCCCAGAGGAACUGAAAGAAGCAGUGGUAUGUCCACUCUUAAAGAAAACUUCAUUAGAUCCCUUAGACCUAUCCAAUUACCGCCCAGUUUCAAAUAUUCCAUAUCUGGGUAAGGUAACUGAGAGAGCGGUUGCUGAACAGCUUGGUAGGUUUCUGGAGGAAACAUCGGCUUUAGAUCCAUUUCAGUCCGGUUUCCGUCCUGGUUUUGGGACCGAGACGGCUCUGGUUGCCCUAACAGACGAUCUCCGUAGACAGCUGGAUCGAGGCGGGUCAAGACUGGUGAUCCUUUUAGAUUUGUCAGCAGCCUUUGACAUGGUCGAUCAUGAUCUUCUGGACCACCGCCUCGCAGACGUGGGGAUACUGGGCAUAGCCCGUAACUGGCUGUGCUCUUUUAUCUCUGGUCGGGGACAGAGGGUGGCACUAGGGAGGGAAAUGUCAUCGCGCCACUCCUUGGUGUGUGGAGUGCCGCAGGGCGCAAUCCUCUCCCCAAUGCUUUUUAACAUCUUUAUGCGCCCCCUUGCCCAGAUUAUCCAGAGCUUUGGGCUGGGUUGUCACCAAUAUGCUGAUGACACUCAGCUGUAUCUGCUGAUGGAUGGUCACACCGACUCAGCCCCGAACACACUGACCAGAUGCUUGGAAGCUGUGGCUGGAUGGUUUCGUGGGAGCCAAUUGAAACUAAAUCCCUCGAAGACAGAGGUCCUAUGGCAGGGUCGGGAUGGCAUGGGGAUGAGGGACCAACUCCCUUCUCUUGCGGGGGCCCAAUUAGUGCCAUUGCCUUCCGUUAAGAGUUUGGGUGUAAUCCAUGACGCCUCCCUUUCCAUGGAGGCGCAAGUUACAGCAACAGCCAAGGCGACAUUUUUCCACCUUCGCCGCAUCAAGCAGUUGGUCCCUUACCUUUCCCGCCCCGACCUGGCCACAGUGAUCCAUGCGACGGUCAUCUCCAGGCUUGACUACUGUAAUUCGCUCUACGCGGGGCUGCCCUUGAAGCUGUCCCAGAAACUCCAGCGGGUGCAGAAUGCUGCAGCGAGGCUCCUCACGGGGUCUCUGCCAUGGGAGCAUAUUCACCGAGUGCUUUUCAAGCUGCACUGGCUCCCGGUGGAGUACAGGAUCAGAUUUAAGGUGCUGCUUUUGACCUUUAAAGCCCUUCACGGCCUAGGACCCUCGUACCUACGGGACCGCCUCUCCCGGUAUGCCCCACGGAGAGCCUCAAGGUCCAUAAAUAGCAACACCCUAGUGGUCCCGGGCCCUAAGGAAGUUAGAUUAGCUCCAACCAGAGCCAGGGCCUUUUCAACUCUGGCUCCGGUCUGGUGGAACACUCUGCCUCAUGAGACCAGGGCCCUGCAGGAUCUGAUUUCUUUCCGCAGGGCCUGUAAGACAGAGUUGUUCCGCCUGGCCUUUGACUUGGAGCCAAUUUGAUUCCCUCCCUCUCUUUCUUUUUUCUUUUCCUUCUCCUCCUGCGAUGAGGCUACAUUUUAAUAUUUUAAUGUUUCAAUAUUUUAAUGUUGUAUUUUUAAUUUUGUUUUUAAGUUGUAAUCAUUUAACUAGUUUUUAUUAUUGCUUGUAAGCCACUCUGAGCCCGGCCUUGGCUGGGGAGGGUGGGGUAUUAAUAAUAAUAAUAAUAAUAAUUAUUAUUAUUAUUAUUAUUAUUAUUACAUGGAGGGGGUCCAGAUUUUACAACAUGGCCCAGAGCAUUGCAGGCAGUCCUUCCUUCAUGCUCACCAAAGUGGAUCUGUCAUUUUCUUCUUUCCAGAAGCCCCUUGCCAGAGCAGUUACCCUGGCAACCUUCCAAAUCUCCAGUCUCUGGUCACACCUGGGACAAGGAGUUGUUGACGACCCUCGAUGGCUGUCUGCCAUAACGCUAACAGCUCUGGUCUUCCCUCAGCCAGCCAGACUGGUUUGGGUAAGGCAACCCCUUGUGGCUUAUAUUCUCCCUUCAUAUCACAAAGGACCCCAGAUCCUAGCAUUUGUUAAUUUCUAGGGUUUAGGGGGAUUCCCGCUAUUCAAGCAGUUAAGCCACUGCCUUUUGCACCAGCUUCAGCUUCUGGGUCUGCCUCAAGAGAAUCCCCACACAGAUAGCCCUGCAAAAACCCAAUUUGGAGGGUACCAGAUUGUGGCCAGGCUAUCACAACCCAGGAAGGGCCAUAGCUGCCUUACCAACCAAAGCGGGUAAAAGGCACCGUGAGGCACCGUGCAAUUAGAAAGUUCUUCCCAACAUCCAUCUUAAUUGUUCUUCAUUUCCUUCCUCCUUAUUGAAUACCUCCUGUAAGCUCCUGAGUGCAUUUGGCAUCUGAUUUGCCUCCUAGGGGUCUGAGAUCUCUCGGUGGUUAGCGUUAUCCAACACAAUCGGUUCAUUUUUUUUAUUUUAAAGGAGGAUGGCUCUUUUCUUUCAUUUACAAUGUUUCUACUGCCAAGAGAAAAUUCUUUAUUUAGAACAGAUGAGGCUAGUCCAGUGGUUGAUAGCACCUCACAUCAUUCAGAUGGGAUAUUUUCAGCGUUAAUCCACAGGAAAUGACAAAAGAAUUCACAAUAGCCCUUUGUGCCAGACAGGGCAAGACAUUUCUUAAGAUUUUAUUGUUUUGUGUGUAUUUUUUGUGUCCAUUGAUGUGGUUGGCUUUUGCAUUUGGAUUUUCACACAAAAUUUGCAACGGCCAUUUGAUUUAUCUGUCACUUUCAAGGCUCCUCUAGAAAAAAGUGACCAAGGGCUAAGCUAGAUGCAAUAAAUCCUUCCUUUGAGAAUCACUGAUGUAUGGGGAUCAAGAGUACUGAUGUGUGGGUAUUACUAUUUACAGUAUUAUAAACUGAUAUAAGUAAGUAAACUGAAAUAAGAGAAACAUCCAAUGGGGUUUUUGCAUGCCCAGUCACAGUGCUCUCACCCCCGGGAUCAAGGUCUUUAAGGGAAGAAGAACUGGACACCACAACAAUUUUGGGAUUCAAUUGGCCACAACUUUAUUAAUUUCAGAUAAAGGAAGCCUUGGCAUAGGCACUGGGUGUAAAAAAAAAAGGUAAAGGACCCCUGGACAGUUAUGUCCAGUCAAAGGCGACUAUGGGGUUGUGGCGCUCAUCUUGCUUUCAGACUGAGGGAGCCAGCGCUUGUCCACAGACAGCUUUCCGGGUCAUGUGGCCAGCAUGACUAAACCACUUCUGGCGCAAUAGAACACCGUGACGGAAGCCAGAGCGCACAGAAACACUGUUUACCUUCCCAUUGCAUUGGUACCUAUUUAUCUACUUGUACUGGCGUGCUUUCAAACUGCUAGGUUGGCAGGACCUGGCACAGAGCAAUGGGAGCUCAGCCCGUCAUGAGGAUUCGAACCGCCAACCUUCUGAUCGGCAAGCCCAAGAGGCUCAAUGGUUCAGACCACAGCGCCACCCACAUCCCCAUUGGGUGUAUAUCCCUCUCAGCCACUUUAUAUGGGUGGGGAGUGGACCUGAGUGAAGACUGCUGCACUCCGGCCUACUCUCGAAGUCCCUCCUCCCAGGCUGCAGUCAAUUGGCCAAAAUUUCAAAAGGGUGUGACAGGAACCCGAACGCUCCGUGGCAGCUGGGGGAGCAACAAACUGCCGCAAACAAGAUGGCAUUGCUCUGAUGUGUGGUAGAGUUGCCGUGACAGGCUCCAACUGCCACCCCCACCCCCCCACCCCCGGAUUGUAUAAGUGGCCUUUAUGACAUUAGUAGGACAAAUAUAGUUUAAGCACAUUGCCCAUUAAAGGUGCUAUAGAUCUGAUUAAUAAAAAUAGAUCUUUAUGUAGUCUAAUGCCCAGACAUCUGCCUUUUAUGAUGACUUCUGUCUCUCUGUGGCUGCGAAGCUGCUGUGGAAAGAUGUAAGUCACAUCUCCCUAAAAAUAGUGAAAAGCUAAUUUGGAAAUUGAACCAAUUCCAGACUUUCUCAAUUUAUCCAUAAUGAUCUUAAGUCCAGAUAGGGAGAUAGCCUUGUGGUCUUCCUUUGCUCUUAGCUUCACACACCAUGAUUUCCAUUUACAAAACAAAAACCUAUUCUUGUAGGCUUCAUUAUUAGCUUUGGCUUUCAUUCCAUAUUAAAAAUAACAAAAACACUCAAGUCAUUGUCUAGCCCUUCUCGUUUCUGCAGCAGGAUGCACUAGCAAAGGGAGUUGCACACUUACAGAGAAGGAACAACAUUGCUGUUAACAUUCCCCGCAGGGUAUCAUAGAAUCAGAGAACUGUAGGGUAGGAAGGGACCCUGAGGGUCAUCUUGUCCAACACCCUGCAAUGCAGACAUCUCAGCUAAAGUAUCCAUCACAGAUGGCCACCCAACCUCUGCGUAAAAACCUCCAAGGAAGGUGAGUCCCUCACCUCCUGUGAGAGUCCAUUUCACUUUUGAACAGCUCUUACUGUCAGAAAGUUUGUCCUGAUGUUUGGUCAACUUGUUUCUUUGCACCUAAGUGUCUGGCUUAAAUUUUUGCCCCCUUUCCCUACCUCCUAGGGUGGCGCUGUGGGUUAAACCACAGAGCCUAGGACUUGCUGAUCAGAAGGUCGGCGGUUCGAAUCCCCGUGACGGGGUGAGCUCCCGUUGCCCGGUCCCUGCUCCUGCCAACCUAGCAGUUCAAAAGCAUGUCAAAGUGCAAGUAGAUAAAUAGGUACUGCUCCGGUGGGAAGAUAAACAGCGUUUCCGUGCGCUGCUCUGGUUCGCCAGAAGCGGCUUAGUCAUGCUGGCCACAUGACCCAGAAGCUGUACGCCGGCUCCCUCAGCCAGUAAAGCGAGAUGAGCGCCGCAACCCCAGAGUCGGCCACGACUGGACCUAAUGGUCAGGGGUCCCUUUACCUCCUAGUUCAGGGGAAGGGAGUGAAGCGCUCUCUCUCUUUCAUUACCAUCCUACGCCACACCCUGGAAGCUAUAGUUGGGGUAUCCAUUGUGAUGCCUUCCAAAGUUGCUAGACUACAGCUCCCAUCAUCCCUGGCCAUUGAUCAUGCUUGCUAGGCUGAUGGGACUUGGAGCCCAGAAACAUCUGGUUCCCCAUCCCUACUUGAGAUAAAAGCCCAAGUGCUUCCUUACCCUGCCAUAACAAACCUGGUCACAUGGUCCAGUUGUUCUUGAAUACAAGGGGAUCCGCAAACUUUAAGGCUCCACCACAACAUGAAAAUGUUCUGCACAUCCAAAACUGACCUGGGUUAGGCUUGGAACUUUCGCCAUUCGCGUGCUAGCUUUCCAGAGUCAGGGGACUGUUGGGAUGGUGGAACACUCAGUAUGUGAUUUCCCCCCCUUUGCAGCUCAAGAGUGGUGCAAGGUUAGGCAGUAAAACAUUUCGCUCCUCUUCAACAAGGAAACAUUUUGUAGCCAUGAUUCUUUAAUUGCUUUUCAUCUUUUAGCAAACACGUAGAUUCAGAAAAAUAAAAUUUCCCAUUUAUUUAUUUUUUCAUUCUAACUAAAGUGGAGAAGGGUUAAAAUGGAAAUGCAACUUAUUUCUUACGGGGAUCAAAGUAAAUUCAUGGAGAACAAACAGCUUCUUUCCCCUCCCUUGCCCAGCCCUAACCACUUUAGCUUCCUGCAGACUUCUUUAUUAGUUUCUGUGAGUAGUCUGUUUCCUAUGAUGACUGAAGGCAGGGCAUCAAACUAGGCUUGGUAUCUAGGGUUCUUCACAGUCUUUUAUUACAGACGAGGGACAAAAUACAUUCCAGGAUGCUGUCACUAUUUUGCGAGGCGGCGGGGAUUUGAGCACAUAUUGGAAAAUUAAGUUUGCGCAAUUGAAGUGGAUUAAAGCAAUCUGUCUCCCUAGCAUAACAAUCCCCUUUUUUAUUUUUUAAAGCAUGGAUAUUUGUGGUUAGGAAAGCGACUGGGAAAAGCACUGAAAUGUGUGAGAUGAAUGAAUGAUUUAAUGGGAAGACGUACAAACACCCUGCAAUCAAAUCUUGAGUAAAUUCAGAAUGAAAACUCAUUGUUGUAUAACUGCACUGCGGACGAAUCAGAAAGAAUGUUCAGUGUUUUUUUAAAAACAACAACAACAACAAUACUAUUGAUUGUUGCAAUUAUAAUAAGGCAUGUAUCUCAAAUAUAAAACCACACACAAAAAACCAUAAAACAAUAUUCUGAGACUAUAUGAGUUGGGAAAAAGAUUGCUCAAUAAAGGCUCGGUAUACUCUUAAGGUCCACAUAAACUUUGUGUUUGCAAAUAAGGAUGGAUGCUCCAUAAAAUAGCUGAUCUGGAGGAGUGCCAGUAUUCACAGACCAUUCUAGAUAAUACUUGCCUUUGAAACUAUGCCUCAUCUCUGGCAAGCUAAACCUUCUAUAACUUGCAGGACUACAUUCCCAGCAGGUGGUGCACAAAUGUACAGGAAAACAACAGAUUAUUUCUAACAAAUUAUAUACGUACAAGCCAGUGUCCUCCCCCAGGAUUUUCAUAAACAAGUGAAAACACCAGCUAUUUGUUUCUUUAUUCCAUCUCCUUAUUACUAAAUGAGUGAAAGCUAAAAGUAUCUCUGUGUUACCGUCUUUUGCUUAACCUGCAGUUACAGGAAAUGGCACCAUAACUGAAUUUACAGGUGGCUUAGUCCAUCAGACCAACUUUUCAUUCCUUAGUCAUUUCAUUCAUUAUAUGGUAUACAUUAUAUGGCUUUCCAAACUGCGGGAGACAGUGGAAGACAGAAGUGCCUGGCGUGCUCUGGUCCAUGGGGUCACGAAGAGUCGGACACGACUAAACGACUAAACAACAACAACAACAACAUAUGGCUUUCUAUACCUAUAUCUAGUUAUUUCUGACCCGAGAAAGGACCACACUCGCCCAAUGAACAUCAACUGGAAUUAAUGGACACCUAGAGUUACUCAUAUUCCCAGGAACUCAUCUUCUUCACAAUCCAGCUGUGCUGAUGACACAAGCUACUCAUUUUUGCCCUGCCUUGCCAUAGCUUAGUAUGUGAGUUGGGGCCUGGAAUUCUGGAGGACUUUGAAGUGCACCUAAAUGAUCUAAAGAUCUAAAUGAUCUAAAGAUACUAAAAUCUUUAGUUAUGAUCUGUUAGACCAGCAUUUUACAACUGUGUUUUUAGGGGGAGGUUGUUUCUUGGUUGUUUUUAAUUGCUUUGGGUCACUCAGUGAGAAAAGUGACUAACAAUUAUUAUUAUUAUUAUUAUUAUUAUUAUUAUUAUUAUUAUUAAUAGAAUCCAAAGAAAAAAUAAAUGCCACCUUGAAACUAGAAAAGUGCUGUGCGAAAGAGAUUCCAACUACCUGUCGGGUGUUGGGUUUCGUUAUGAAUGUUUCUGUGGUUUAAGUGCCACACAUUGGAAAUCCCCCAUCCCCAAGCAAGGCUGCUUUGCUUAGUUUCACAUAGUUUGAUGCAGUUAUGCUUCUUGUUUGCAUUCCCCCAUGAUUUUUCUUGGCAAAGGAGGGGAGGUCCCCAAUUUGUUUUAUAAUUGUUAGGUUGUGGGUGAACAUAUUAGACGACACAGCAAUUCUUCAAACAGCUCUUGUUUAUUCACAGGCCAUGACAGAACUGAACUGAAGGGCUCAGACAGCCUGCUUAUAUAGAGCUCCAGUACCACGUUACUGUAACAACUUUCUAAAACUAUCCAAUCACUGAAUGUCACUUUCAAUCCUGCAUUUGCAUAACUAUCUGCAGUAUCCCCCUGCUGGCCCAGGGUGAGAACUUCAGUACAUAACAAUAAUUGCCCUCCACCAUGGCUGUUCCUAUGUGAUAGGAAAAGCAGGGAGGGUUUUUAUUACUUAAUGUUGCUUUUAAAAGCAGCAUUUCGAGCUUUUCAGUAACUGAACAUGAACUCCCUUCUUCUGGCAAGCGAGCUUAUGGAGGGCAUUACAAAAAUUGGCUUGAAUUGCACGUUUUUCUCUGUGCGGUGGUGUGACUUGGGCUAAAUGGUUUUGCUAGACCCUUUCAAUCCAUCCAUCUCUUUAUUACUGGACCCUAUUGCUGGAUUUAUUACUGGAUUCUUUUUGCUGGACUCUAAAAUUUGGGUUGAGCCAGGACUGUUGGAUGCUAGGAACCAGUUCCUUGCUUUCUAUGCCUCUAGAAUAAUGAUCAAAAGAAGGAACGUCAGAUGCUUGGAGGCAGCCAACAGGAAUCUCUGAUCAGAACUUGGAGGUUGGUAAUUCUUGGGAAGCCAAAACACACCAUUUAUGUAAUUCCUGCAGCAUACUUCAUUUCCUAAGUCUGAGCAGCUUGUCUCAGAAUGCAGCGUCUCAGGACCACUUCUCUAUCUCCCCUUGUGUCUGCCCCUACUUGUAAUCUCCUGGUAUGCCCCGCGGAGGACCUUAAUAAGGUCCACAAAUAAUAACACUUUGGAGGUCCCGAGCCUCAAGGAGGUUAGAUUGGUUUCAACUAGGGCCAGGGCCUUUUCAGCACUGGCCCCAACAUGGUGGAACGCUCUGUCACAAGAGACUAGGGCUCUGCGGGACUUGACAUCUUUCCACAGGGCCUGCAAGACAGAGCUGUUCGCCUAGCCUUUGGUUUGGACUCGGUCUGACCCUUAUGUUUCCCUCCCCUUAUGGUCUUGAUUUAUCAGCUACUUUAAAAUGAGGCUCCAUUUUAAAUUGCAUUUUAACCUGUGUUUUAAAUUGGUUUUUCCCCUUCUUCUCCCCCCCCUUUUCCCCCUAUUAUGUUUUUACUGUGAUUUUAUUGGUGUUAGCCGCCCUGAGCCCAGCUCUGGCUGGGAAGGGCGGGAUAUAAAUAAAAUUUAUUAUUAUUAUUAUUAUUAUUAUUAUUAUUAUUAUUAUUGAUUCCUGUACCUCACUUCGCCCUCUUACCUAACACAUCUGAGAAGCAUAGCUAUGGCACAUGCUGUUCUUGAAGGAGGCCCCAGGUCCGAUUACCAACAUUUCCAGUUAAGAGAGUUUGGGAAAGGCCCCAUCCUAAACCCUUGAAGAUCUGCUACCAGGCAGAAUAGGCAGCCCUGGGCUAGAUAGAUGAUCCGAUUCAGUAAGAACAAGGGUGAGGAUGUGGACAGGCUGCUUGGACGAGUGAAAGCAGCCACCUGCCACCUUGAUCCUUGCCCAUCCUGGUUCAUAAAAGCAAGCCAGGCAGGGCUGGGCAAUGGGCUUUGCGGGGUGGUGAAUGCUCAGUCCAUUGAAGCCUGUCUUUGAAUGCAGGGGAAGUCCCUAACUCACUGAGAGCUUGAAACCCAUCAGCUACCCUCACCUGGUUUAGCCGGCCAGUCAAAGCCGUUCCCGGACUGUGGCCACUUGCAAUGCUGGACUACAUCUCCCAUCAUCCCUGACCAUUUGCCAUACUGGCUGGGAUUGAUGGGACCUGGAGUCCAGCAACCUCUGGAAGGCUACAGCUUCCCUUCCGCUCUUCACACCAGUGCAGCUAACAGAGUAAGCAUGACGCAGAGGUGAUUCUACAUUAGGUAGGGUUUUGUGUGAGUGCUUUAAGAAAAUGCCUGAUUACCCAGAGUAUCUCUAUAAACACUGGGGAAUGUAGCAGUGCAAAUGGUACAACGCUGCUUGUCAGCACUCUUAAUUACUGUGCUCGGAGUUAAAAUAAAUUAGUUUACAUGGAGUUACAAGUUUGUGUGGUUGCCAUCAUUAUGACUUUCUGAUAAGCGUUUGGCCCCUUUUCUCGAAUCCGUAAUGCCAGUGAUUUGAGGUUUCGUUUAUUCAGUGUUUAUUCAGAAGGAGACGUCUUGAGGGCUAACAGCUUAAUCAGUGGCUUGUGGGGAUAAAAAUUAAGAUGAAGUGGGGGGAGAAUCUUGGGGCUUUUGUGGUUUUUGGCAGCAAACUGUAAACAUUUCUUCAUGGACAAGAGCUGAGUAUGAAAUUUUACUGCGCAGUUUUAAUGAGGGAGAUCUCAACCAUUUUACUGCCCUUUUCCGUAGCUGUCUGAAUGCAAUGACAAAGACCUGUUUGUAAAUCUAUGCCACUGGACAUUUUUUUUGUAGGCAGGGUUGUAAAAAGUGUUUUCAGCUGUUUUGUUUAUUGGAUCUUGUCUUUUGGUUAAAAAACAAAACAAAGGUUUCUUUGCUGUGCAGAAUUUCAGUAUGUAACUCGGUGUGAAAUGACAAGAGACCAGUGGAGGUCUGCAUUGCUAAAAUCCUUGCACUGACUUGAAGAUGAUGCUUGCGACUAAUCCCUGGUAACCGCAAAAUGUUCAUUUUGGCUGCUAGCAUGUACCAUGCUCAUAUCAAAUUCUGUGCUGACCAGCAUAGGGCGAUAGAACGUCAGCCAUUCUGAAAUAUUGUAUAGCAAGUUUUUUAGAGAAUGGUUAGGUUGACAGUAGUCAAGGGGGGGAGGGAGAGAGUGGAGGUGGUGGAGAUGGGAAACCCCAGCUAAGGGAUUGUUUAAAUGACAAUUUGCCAUUAGUUAAAAACCUCUGCUGGCUUUCUGAAAUGUUGCCUUCUGCAGAUGUUUCAGUAUUGAAAUGGCUAAUCUCAUGCCUUUUGGUUCAUGCCUUGCUAUGAUUCUGGCCUUUGCUGUGCUGCUCAUUUUAUGUUGGUGUGGGGUAGCAUUUGUACUUUUAAUACUAUUAUUGUAUGCACACUUUUUAGAAUUCGGCGAUCACAUUUCGUUUUCCUUGUUAAUCUGGUUUUUAACUAAUUUUAGCUGUUUUGUAUUUUAUGGUGCUGUAAAUAGUUUUGAUGCUUCCCCCCCCCAAACAGCAAUAAAUACAUUUAUUAUUAUUUCUUGUUUAUUAUGUAUAACUCUUUCUGGAAUAUGGUUAACUUUGUUACGUAGGCCACUACAAAGUAUUGUUCUUAUGUUUGCUUUAUUAUAUCUUUUUUUGUAGUUCUAUCAUGUACUAUUUGUUGUUGUUGUUGUUGUUGAAUUAAUAUGCUGUUUAUAGCUUUGGGGGCCUUUGAGCCCAAAAGUGGUAUAUAAAUAUACAGCAGCAAUAAUUCUGUUCGCUAAGCAAUUAACCACAGCAUCUAGUUGUAAGGAAUACAGUACUAGGGAUUUUGGCAGUGAUGUUUAUUUAACGAAACAUGCAGGUAACUUAAAUGUUCCAAAAACGGCAUUCCAAACAGAGGUGGUGUAUCAAAAGAUAAAAAGCUCCAAUAUAAAAAAAAUAUUUUUAUAUAUACCUCCCUCCUAGUUAGCUGCAAUAUACACACAGCUAAAAUCAGCCAUUUUCUGGGAAAUUUAACUUGAGGUAUGCGGUGUUUGCUGAGUGCAAUGAGUGAUCUGUAAGAUUUGUAAAGGCUUUGAGUGUGAUCAAAUAAUGAAAAUAUACACACUGUAUUAUUCUAUCAAGGAGGUGAUAUUUGGCUAGCAUACUGAGAAACAACACUUCGCCACCUUCAACUGCUAGUUUUGUAAACUUGGCCACCUGGGAGUAUGCAUGAUCCCAUACUGGGGAGUUCCUUGCCUGGGGCUUUUUGUAAAGUUCAUUAGCACAGAUUGGAUUCCUGAGAAAUUUAACUUUUAUUGUUUAUUAGUUUCUAGCCCUUAUGGGUAUGGAGGAGAUUUAAUGGGUGAAGGUGGUAAAAAUACAGCAAAGGUGGGGGUGGGGGGGAGGGGAAUCAAGUAAAAAAAAAGAAAGAAGCCAUAUUAAUUAUGCACACAAUCCAGCACUUCCUUGCUGAAACUUUCUGGUUGAAAUGUGUCUUAAAAUGUGUUUAAAUUUCACUGGCUCAGAUUUAUACAGCCAUAUAUACCAAGUCUUUUUGAGGGCUUUAUCACAUUCAACUUCUGUAUUUGGAGGUUAAAACCAAGAAUAUUUUAGAAUCUGUUCAAAAUGCAAUCCAGCAAAUUGUGUCAGUUUUUGUACAACAUGCAGACCAACCAUGGUACAUUCUGGCUUAUUAUAUUUGUUUUUGUUUACAGAUGCAACAACCCAUGGGCUUUGUAGCCUUAAAACUGUUCAAACGCUUUGCUGCUCUUGCUCAUAGAUAUUUUGCCGUAGUAAAUUGCAUUUGUUAGCACAGAGUUUCAUGGGAUUAUGAGAUACAGUUGGCAUGAAAAGGUUAGAAUUUCCCUAGGGUUUAGCUGGGAGCGAAGAAUAUACAGGGAAUGAAUACUCCCUGCAAUUUCUUUUAAUUGAAGAAUUAUCUUCAUGUACUUUUUCAUGGUGCAAAAUUUCACUUGCAUGCCCUAUUAAAAUGCCUUCUUCUCAGUGGGUUGGUCUUAACUAAAAAACAGUGUUUAAUUUUAUACAACAUUGCCCAUUACUAGCUGUCCUUCUUCAUUUGCCUCUUGCUGCAGAAGCAGUUGACUACACAAUCCGUACUUUAAGGAUCUGAAACAAUGACUCCCCUGUUAGGCUGCAUGUUUGUGCUUUACUCUUCAUUAUUAUCCACCCUCCUGGUAUAAUGGAAAUUGUUCAAGCAUAAUCAGAGACUGAUUUUGUUCAGAAUAUUGUUGUCUGCAUUGGCAUAAAAUGCAUUUGACUGAUAACCUGGUUUCAUUGUUUACCCACAUUGGGAUGGUUUCCAUCAUUAAUGUGACUGCCACAGUUCCUUUAGUAUGUUGAACAAUUAAAACAGUCCCUUCUUGGCUAAAGUUUACUUAUUACAUUCUAUACAUAGGUAGGCAAUUCAGAAGAGAUCUGCAGUAACCAAAAAAACAAAGCACCAUUCUAAAUAUUGAUGGUCUUGGCCAGAAUAGACAGUUUGGUUGCCAUAACUUACACACAUGGUAAGCUAUUCAUGUAAACAAAAUUCUCCUGUUAGACGAUACCUUGCAGUUCCUUGCCUUGUUACGCAAGAAAGUUUGGCACAUUUCAGAUGUCAUAAUUUAGUGAAUUUAAACUUGUAUAACAUAUGGAUGGAAAACAUGCAAUAGGACCCAGGCUAUUUUAAUGUGGAAAGCAUGCAGACAUUGAUUUCAUGGAUGAGGCUUUCACAAAUAAAUUGCAUAGGGCUACACCGUAAAACAGGAUUGCCUGGAGCAACCUUUCCCAACCUGUCCAAACAUUUUGGACUACAGCCCAGAUAUUUCAGACCUCAGCUCCCACCACCCUUGGCCAUUGGCCAUGCUAGCUGGCUAGUUGUGGUUCAGUACUGUAUAUCUGGAGGAAGCAGUGCCCUUCUGGCUUGGUCCUGUUUGUGGGUCAUUGGAAAAGGAGUUUUGAAAUAAAAAUUUGCAGGGUCCCAGUAUCCACACCUGAAUCCGUGAACAUAAGCUGAUAACUUCGGUGCAGGUGCAAGAGUGGUAGGAAGCAGAGCAGUGUGUCUGUUAGCCUUCUUGCUAGAAUGUGCAUUUGAUCGGUAAUAAUGCCUUCUUUCCUUUUUAAAAAAAUAAUUUUUAUUGAAUGAUUUUAUGUUACAAAAAGCAAUACAGCCAUACUACCACUAAAUAUAAUUAAGAAAUAGAAAUUACAUACAUCAAUAUUUAGUUUGUUAUUUGUUAUUUACCGUCUUAUUUCCUCCCAAACAUUGCAUACAAAAACACACAUAUGUGUCUGCAAAUAAUGCCUCUUGCUUUCCUGAAUGGAGAAUGGAGGCAUGUGUGUGCAUGGAAACUUCUGAAUUUUGCACAGUAGAAAUAUAGCAUACUGUGCACCCACUUUUUGCUCCUAGACCUACCCAUGUCGCAUGUGGACUACAUCUCCCAUCAUCCCCGACCAUUUGCCAAGACUGGCUGGGAUUAAUGGGAGCUGGAAUCCAGCAAUCUCUAGAGGGCUGCAGCUUCCCUUCUGUUCUUCACAUCAGAAUCUGCACAGUGCCGCUAAUGUAGUAAGCAUGGGCCAGAGGAUUUUCUACAUUAGGUAGGGUUCUGUGUCAGUGCUUUAAGAAAACGCCAGUUUACCCAGGUUAUCACUAGACACUGGGCUUCCUGUUGAUGAAGCCUAACACUUCCAAGAGACAGAACUGGGCUUUUGCUCCUUUGCAAGCAAAGGAUUGCAAGCAAUUAGUGCCCGUGAAAAAAAAUAAGAUGACAAAUAAAGAGCUUUUUACUCCGCAAGGCUUUUGUGGGUAAUUGGUAGCUGCUGUAUUGAUCUGUUUUCUGCUUUACUCACGUUUAUAUUUUAUACUGCUUCAUGCUGGUACAGCUACUUAAUGGUUUAAUUGUGUUAUUAUUAUGUCAUGAUGCUUUUUUAUUGUUGUCUACCACUGUGAGUAUUUUAAUAGAAAUGUGGCUUAUAAAUAUUUUAAACAGGUAAGUGAAUGCCUGCCUUAUUUAUGGUUAAGCAAGCAAUUUCAAGGCACCCCCUCUUCCUUCUUAUCAUUCUUCAUCUUUAAAAGAGACAGGACAGCCCUUUGAGGACUUGGUCAAACAUAUGCUUAUCUUCUGACAGCCCUUCAAAUAGAAGGAGAGAGCUCAGAAAGAGGAAGAGUCAGGCUUCAACUGGCUUAACUGGUCAUUAAUUCUCCAGAGAGAGCCCAGGCAAGUUCAAUUUUGCAAGGAGAAUUGUCCCAAAAAUGUAGUUCCCAGGAUUCUUGGGUCAGGGGAACCCUGACCAUUAAACUGAUACAAAACCACAUUUGUAGUUUAGAUGUGAGCAGAGAGAAGAAUUCAAAUGGGUAAACAAAAAUACAGCAGGUAUCAGUCAGACCAUUCCUUUGCUGAAGCUUAAAAAUAAAACCAGCCAUCAGAAAUUACUUAAUAAUAUGUAGGCAGUGGGAACCCUUAAAAAAACCACUGAACAUAUGGAUCAAUCCACUCAAAGCCAAAUAAUGAACAAUACACCAUUGAAUGAAUAAUAUCCCACUGUCUUACAAGAAAGGGCAAUCUGACUUACAUAAAGCUUCCUUUAAAGGAGACCAUAUGCCCAAAUAUAAUGAAAAAGGGUUCAGCUCCAUAAACUUGAUCUCCUUCAGAAUCUCAUAAAAUGCAUUCCGAGAGGUUGGAAGUCCUUUAUGCUAUCUUGAUCCCAGUGACCUCUGGAAUAGCAACAGUAAGUAUAUCUAUGUCACAGAUCAUCUGGCUACUCUUCCAAGUACAGCGGUACCUCGGGUUAAUAACUUAAUUCGUUCUGGAGGUCUGUUCUUAACCUGAAACUGUUCUUAACCUGAGGUACCACUGUAGCUAAUGGGGCCUCCUGCUGCCGCCACAUGAUUUCUGUUCUCAUCCUGAAGCAAAGUUCUUAACCCGAGGUACUAUUUCUGGGUUAGUGGAGUCUGUAACCUGAAGCAUCUGUAACCUGAAGCGUCUGUAACCCGAGGUACCACUGUAGUAUGUAUGUGCCCCUCAUUGUUUUUUUGGCUUCAUAUUCUUGUUCUUGGUUCAUUUUGGGCUGGGUGGGGCUGGGGUGGAAGGUUGAAGGCCACUCCAAUUUCCCCCCCCCCAGCUCCAUCCAGCCUGGUAUCUUUAUUUAUCCCAUCCCCAUCCUCUGUGAAGCUCCUUUUUAUUUAGACAGUUUAGGCUGAAGCCAGAUUAGACAUGACACUAAACACAUCUUUCCAUCUAAUAUGUAGGUACUUCCUUUUGCUUUUUGUUUUAAAAUGCAAACUGCAUCAGCCAUGGCUGAUAAUUAAUGGCAAUUGGAGAGGAAUUUUAACCCUUCCUUUCGCUUCCAUGCUGCAGGUCUGAGGAAGAUCCUUCAACUGAAUCUAGUAUUUGCAUAAGGGGGGGGGUCCCUUCCCCAAAAGCAAAUGCCAAUGACAGAAGGGAUUGCCUUUUUGGGAGGGAGGAAUCCCCAAAACAUUCCAGUGAGACCUGGGGAUGGUCAGUGGCCGCAGAAUGCUGUGGGAUCUGUAUGUGGAAAAUUAGGAGGGAUGAGGAAAUGGAAUGAAAGAUUCUGGACUGGAACCCAGAACAGGAACAUUCCAAUUGCGGGUCUUACUUGUUCCAAAUAUUUCCAAUUUAGAUUUCUGAAAUUUAGCUUUGAGAGAUUCUUGUCAGAAAUGUUGUGGCUGCAUUAUAAGGCAGUAAGUACAGUGGUACCUCAGGUUAAGAACUUAAUUCGUUCUGGAGGUCCGUUCUUAACCUGAAACUGUUCUUAACCUGAGGUACCACUUUAGCUAAUGGGGCCUCCUGCUGCCACCGCGCCACUGCUGAACGAUUUCUGUUCUCAUCCUGAAGCAAAGUUCUUAACCCGAGGUACUAUUUCUGGGUUAGCAGAGUCUGUAACCUGAAGUGUCUGUAACCUGAGGCACCUGUUCUACUAUAUCAACUUGACUAAAUCCAGUAUUUUUACCCCUCACCUUCAAACCCCCACAUCCAACUUUUCCAAUACUUAGGAAAAAGUAAUGAUUAGGAAUAUAUAUAUAUAUAUUCAGAUUUGUUGUGGGAAAAGGGUGCAUAAGCAAAUAGGGCACAGAAGGAUUUGAUUGAAAUACAUAUAGGCACAUGCAUGAGCACACAUGCAAACAUAUUGGAUGAUAUUCAAGUAAAUAAUUGUGCCGGCACAGUAAUUUCUGCCCAUGGAACUGGGUGGUCUCCCCUUUCUGCCUCCCCCCCCAUGUGUGUGACCUGCACGGUUCCUAAACCUGCUCCACCGGGGCGGAGGGGGGGGGAGAGAAUCCUGAACAAAUUUAGAGGGCACACGGGUGGAUGAGAGGGGGAGAAAGUUCUAUUGCACAAUGAGAACUCCUAUGUUGAAUAUAACCCAUUUGUUGCAGCUCAACAAACAGCCCAGGAAGGAACAACCAAGUUAGCUAUGCAAGACACUACAGGAAAAGUAAAAAGUAAAAAAAAAAGAAUAAUAAAGAGAGCCUGAGGGAAGAGAGAAAUCGGUAAAUCUAAUCUGAGGGGUCUUUUCUGGCCUCAAAUAUGGCAGUGACCCAGGACGUUGUUUCUCACAAAUCCCCAAGUCAACACUCAUUGUGUUGACUCUUCCUCUUCAUCGCUUUGUAAGUAGAAUGCAAUAGUGCAGCUUUGCAAACAAGAUUUCAGUAUAGAUAAGUUGGAUCUGUACAUUUGGGAGGUGGGGUGCGGGAAAAGUGUGAUACAGCACUUUAGGAAUUGUGCUUCUUCAGAAUGCAUAUUUUAUUGCCAUUUUACAGUAGGCUAACUGAGGCUUUGAAGCGGUUUCGUUGAGGCCUCUUGGUAGCCCAUUACCAAGAUUAUACUUCAGACUCCCUUCUUGCAAUUUGAAAUAUCUUUCAACCCACUGAAUUAGGCUUCAUUUGAGUCUCUUAAAAUUGCAGGAACAUUCCUUUUCAAUUUAAAUCUAAUCUGUUUGAAUGUUCAGGAACAUUGUGCACUGGCUAUAAUAUCUAAAAAAUCUCAAGCACUUCAUAUAGUUAUUUUCUUGGACAAAUUGUCUGGUUGUUUUAAUUCUGACAUUGUCAAACCCUUCAAAAAUGCCUUGUCCAGCCAAACCAAAACACGCAUCCCUCCCAAAUGCAGGGAGUCCAAAUCCUUCCACACUCGUGACUGAGAAUCACUAAUUUUAGUGUCGGCUGAAGUUCAAGAUAUCUUUCACAUCCCUGCAAGCGCAUAAGCCCUGGUCCAAAUCCUGUCACUGUGAUUUGUGUUUAGAGGAAUCUGCAAGCCGAGAAUUAAUCGUCCUUUAAAACAUGCGUGAUUUUUGUUAAGUCGUGCAGCCAACAGAGAAGCUGUGGCUUGGUAUGGGAUUGUGGGUGGCUAGAGAAACCACACACAAGAGCCCCAUUGAAGCAGCUCAUGAGCUUUCCAGAAAGAAGAGUGGAAUCAGAAGUUUUAGGGGUUUUUUUAAAGGGCCACUUAAACCUCCCCAUGUUAAGAGCUAAUUUUCUUGCAAUCUGGCUUCAAGGUAGAAUACAGUGGUACCUUGGUCCUCAAACUUAAUCCGUUCCAAAACCAAAACGUUCCAAAACCAAGGAGCACUUUCCCAUAGAAAGUAAUGCAAAAUGGAUUAAUCCGUUCCAGACUUUUAAAAACAACCCCUAAAACAGUAAUUUAACAUGAAUUUUACUAUCUAACGAGACCAUUGAUCCAUAAAAUGAAAGCAAUAAACAAUGUACAGUGGUACCUCGGGUUAAGUACCGUAUUUUUCGCCCGAUAGGACGCACUUUUUCCCCUCCAAAAAUGAAGGAGAAAUCUGUGUGCUUCCUAUGGGGCGAAUGCAGGCUUUCGCUGAAGCUUGGAGAGCAAGAGGGGUCGGUGCACACCAACCCCUCUCACUCUCCAGGCUUCAGGAAGCUAUCAGCAAGCCUGGGGAGCCCGUGGGAGUUCCCGCAGGGCUCCCUAGGCUGCGGAUAGCAGCCUGCUGCCCGGAGCGCGGGGCGCGCUGAAGCCGCGGCUGGGGGGGGAAUAAAUUUUUUUUCUUUAUUCCCCCCCCAAAAAAAACUAGGUGCGUCCUAUGGGCCGGUGCGUCCUAUAGGGCGAAAAAUACGGUACUUAAUUUGUUCCGGAGGUCCGUUCUUAACCUGAAGCACCACUUUAGCUAAUGGGGGCCUCCCGCUGCCGCCACGCCGCCAGAGCACGAUUUCUGUUCUCAUCCUGAAGCAAAGUUCUUAACCCGAGGUAAUAUUUCUGGGUUAGGGGAGUCUGUAACCAGAAGCGUAUGUAACCCGAGGUACCACUGUACUGCGGUCACACAGUCAAUCAAUCAGUAGCUGAACUGGGUUCCACACAGUCACAAAAACAAAACAAAAAAGCUACAAACAUGCAAAAUAAAUAGCAAAAACAGACAGCGCAACAUUCAAAACGGAAGCUUGGCACUCAAAACGGAAGCGUAACACUCAAAACGAACACAUUCGGCUUCCGAAAAAGUUCGCAAACCGGAACACUUACUUCUGGGUUUGCAGUGUUUGGGUUCCAAGUUGUUUGAGUACCAAGAACCAAGGUACCACUGUACAUGUUUUGUAUGCAGAAUGCCAUCAGUUCAGUCCUGGCUCAAUCCAGUGAAAAAGAUCAGGUAGCAGAUUAUGGGGAUACUAAAGUCAGUGUGACAGUGCUGCACCAGAUGAAGCGAUGGCCUGACUCAGAAAUGUUUGAAAUCAAUUAAUAUGCACCAUGUUCAUGUUAACAGCUUGAGCAAACAAUUAGUAAUAUAUUCAUGUUUGAGGUUAAUAGUAGAAAUGUGUUGUGGUCGUAACUUGAACAACUGUGUUACUUGCUGGGAAUGGAAUAAACUUUUUGCAUAUGCUCAGAAGCACUUUUUUCUGAUUACUGUCUUUGAGAGCAUGUGACUGGUUUGAGCCUUAUAGGGCCCUGACACGCCAGUGACUUCUUAGCUGAUGCAGUUACAUAAACAGCUAGCUUUCUGGAACAGUUUGAGCAGGAUACCAAAAAUACAGCAGGUGUUGAAAUUUCAGUUUUGGCAAAUGGCAAACCUGGCGUAAGAUUCUCUCAAUGGUUUUGUGGCCACUCUAAUGUAAAUACCUUUCGGUCUUAGCUGUUUGGCUCUAGCCACUCAGGAACUAUUAUGCCUAUUUAAUUUCCUUUUAAAAGAGUCUCUGGUUGUGAAAUAAAGCUUAACAAAAAUGCCCCAGUGUAAUCUUUCCUUGACCGCCCCAAAGCCAGAGGAGGAAAUUAUAGGAAUCUAACACAUACUUGAUAUAUUACACAAUGGCCUGUUGUUUCCAAGUGGUUGUCUUGUUAUAUUUUUAGGAGGACUGACUCAGGAUUUCUGAGUAUUUGGAAUUGGCUGAAUCAUCUCUGCCAGAAGAUAGGCACCCAGUGCUUUUAUAGUACAUUAGUUUGACUCCUGAGCCUUGCAAUGACAUUACCAUUUCUUUUGAGACGCAGUGUGUGGAGAGUGAGAUUGCACAUUUUAGCCACUAAAGUAAGACACAGUGAAGUUAUUGUCUAGCGCAGUGUGACCCCCUACACAGCCUAAAAAGCUUGUUCUUGAACGGGACAUCAUCCUGCUCUGUGACUGCAUGAUUGCAAGCUACACAUUUAAGUGUAGCCAGUGUGGUGUAGUGGUUAAGAGCGGUAGUCUUGUAAUGUGGGGAACCGGGUUCGCUUCCCUGCUCCUCCACAUGCAGCUGCUGGGUGACCUUGGGCCAGUCACACUUCUCUGAAGUCUCUCAGCCCCACUCACCUCACAGAGUGUUUGUUGUGGGGGAGGAAGGGAAAGGGGAAUGUUAGCCGCUUUGAGACUCCUUAAAGGGAGUGAAAGGCAGGAUAUCAAAUCCAAACUCUUCUUCUUCUUGUUUCAAAAGAGGCUCAGUAGCCUUUUGUCACAUCACCCUAUGAGUCCACUUGGCCCAGCACAGUCUGCUCAGCCUGGCUAUCCUUUCCAAGGUUUCUGGAAGUGAUGGGUCUCCCAGCUCUGCUUGCCUGACUCCUGGAACCUUUAUAGCAAGAGAUGCCAAUAGUACAGCAAAUCUUGGGAUUUAUUUUAUUUGAAUGGAUUCCCACUCCCUUGUCCUGGAGCCACAGGGUCAGUAAACAACAGACUGGAUACUCUCGAUGGUGGUGGUGGUGAAACAUAUCCAAAAAAACCACACCCUGUUAGCAUUUAAGAAGAGUUUGGAUUUGAUAUCCCGCUUUAUCACUACCCUAAGGAGUCUCAAAGCGGCUAAUGUUCUCCUUUCCCUUCCUCUCCCACAACAAACACUCUGUGAGGUGAGUGGGGCUGAGAGACUUCAGAGAAGUGUGACCAGCCCAAGGUCACCCAGCAGCUGCAUGUGGAGGAGCGGGAAACCGAACCCGGUUCACCAGAUUCACCAGAUUACAAGACCACCGCUCUUAACCACUACACCACACUGGCUUUAAUUAUUAUUCCAAUUAUUGCAUUGCAGGGGGUUGGACCCUGGGGGUCCGUUCCAACUCUACAAUUCUAUGUACCGUAUUUUUCCGUCUGUAAGACGCCCCCAUGUAUAAGACACCCCCUAUUUUGGGGGACUCAGAUUUAAGAAAAUGGGGGAAGAUGGCCCAGAGUAUAAGACACCCCCCUAAAUUUUGACAUUAUUUUUUAGGGGGGGGGACUAGUCUUAUACACCAAAAAAUACGGUAAAUACCUAACCACCAGUCAACCGCAGUCUUCAGCCAGAUUCACCCACACUGCUGGAAACGUAAACAUAUGGAGGCGAACACACACAACAAGCCAGUUUGUGCUGCAGGUAGCAAUAGGCACAGAAUGGCUUUAUUUUGAGAUGAGUCAGGGCACAGCGUCCCUCACUGAGUUCUUUCUAGCAAGUUUACAGGAAAGCUCUGUGAGCUUCAACUCCUGUCAUGCAAAACAUGAAUUUUUUGUUCUGACUGGACUUUAAACAUCCCACAGUAGCCGCCUUGUGAUAAGGCAGCAUGCAUACAAAACACUUGUUACAAUGAAGUGGCAAAGGUGGUUCAGUACAUAGGCUUUCAACUUCCAUGUACAGUGGACGCUCGAGUAGCGAACGUGAUCCUUGUGGGAUGCACGUUCGCAACCCGCAGCGCCGCAUCUGCGCACGCAUGGGUUGUGAUUUGGCGCUUCCGCGCAUGCGCGGCCGCCGAAACCCAGAAGUAAACCAUUCCGGUACUUCUGGGUUUCAGCGCGUCUGUAACCUGAAAAAAACGCAACCUGAAGCGGCUGUAACCCAAGGUAUGACUGUACAGUGGUACCUCGGGUUAAGUACUUAAUUCGUUCGGGAGGUCCGUACUUAACCUGAAACUGUUCUUAACCUGAAGCACCACUUUAGCUAAUGGGGCCUCCUGCUGCUGCCAUGCCGCCAGAGCACGAUUUCUGUUCUCAUCCUGAAGCAAAGUUCUUAACCUGAAGCACUAUUUCUGGGUUAGCGGAGUCUGUAACCUGAAGCGUAUGUAACCCGAGGUAUCACUGUACAGGAUUCAAAAGCUCAGUACAGACAGCUUUUUAUAGCAGUGAAAGGAGUUACAAGUCAUUCCCUCUCUUGUCUCUAUGGGUCUUGAACACCUUGUAUGUAUUCCAUUGAUCCUUGUGCCAGAAAACGUCUGGUGGAUUGGGCCCUGCGUUAAUUGUCAGAGAGGCUGCAGUUUGUAUUUUCUACCUAAGGCACCCAAGUAUCUCAGCCAUGUGUUGGAACAUUCAUCGCAUUAUCAAAAGAGUUUGCUUUUUAAUUCAAAUAUUAUACUUUUCUUUUUUUUUAAGAUAACCAUUAAUAUGUUUUCCUCUUUAGCAUCUUUCCAGCAUGUGUAGCAGGAUCCCUAGCAACAAACAACCUCUGGUUGAACACAUCUAAAUGUAACCUUGGCUCAGUCAUUGCAGUGUAGUAACACUCCAUAAUUCUCCAUUAAUAUUAUCUUCCUAAAAUAUCAUUUUUAAGAUGUUAUCAGUACUGGGAGCUGUUCAUAGGGGGGGGGAUAUGGGGGGGGGAAAUAUGUUCAUAAUGACUUUUCUAUCUGCAGCAUAUGUUGCUAUCAUCCCCAUGAGUAAUAAACAUUUGCUUGGCUGGAGAAGAAACGUUCGCUCACUCAAACCACUCUUGCUUGUUCUUCCCCCCUUCCUUUCUCCCUUCUCCUCUCAACCAGCUUAUUAAACUGGUGCACUUAAUUUCAGAAUUGUUCAGCUUUAAUAAUGCCCUUCCUUAAAACAAUGGAGCAGGCAUAUAAAGGGAGAACAGCAUCUGGAUCUCUCCACUUAUAUAUUAGUAGCCACACAUGAAAUGUUUUCUUUACUUCCUUUAUGGAGCUCUUAAAUAGCUCACAUUAAAAAGUCAGUCCAAAUUACUCCUGUUGAUGUUAGCAAAUGUUUCUGGUUUCUUUGCUUUUUUUUAAAAAAAAGAAAACUAUUCUAACCCAGACCUCAUUGGUUUGGUAUGUUCUAGUUAGGUUUUCAAAAUCAUAUAGUCUCAUAGCUUGUUUCUCCACAUUGGACUGCACCAGAACAUCAGUAGAGAUCGUGACAUCGCAACCCCUGCUGUGCUCCAGACUCUGCAUGUCCCGGACCCAGGGUAGCAGUAAUAAUAAUAAUAAUAAUAAUAAUAAUAAUGAUAAUUUAUUUCUACCCCGCCCAUCUGGCUGGGCUUCCCCAGCCGCUCUGGGUGGCUUCCAACAAAAAAUUUAAAAUACCGUAUUUUUUGCUCUAUAAGACUCAGUAACGGGAAAUGUGUGUGCAUCUUAUGGUCUGGUGCGUAACGGGAAAUGUGUGUGCAUCUUAUGGAGCGAAUGCAGGCUGCGCAGCUAUCCCAGAAGCCAGAACAGCAAGAGUGAUUGCUGCUUUCACUGCGCAGCGAUCCCUCUUGCUGUUCUGGCUUCUGAGAUUCAGAAUUUUUUUUUCUUGUUUUCCUCCUCCAAAAACUAGGUGCGUCAUGUGGUCUGGUGCGUCUUAUAGAGCGAAAAAUACGGUACAUUAAAACAUCAGUCAUUAAAAACUUCUCUAAACAGGGCUGCCUUCAGAUGUCUUCUAAAUGUCAUAUAGUUGUUUAUUUCCUUGACAUCUGAUGGGAGGGCGUUCCACAGGGCGGGCACCACUACCAAGAAGGUCCUCUGCCUGGUUCCCUGUAACUUCGCUUCUUGCAGUGAGGGAACUGCCAGAAGGCCCUCAGUGCUGGACCUCAGUGUCCGGGUUGAACAAUGGGGGUGGAGACACUCCUUCAGGUAUACUGGGCAGAGGCAGAAUCUAGCAACAAUAGAUGGCAGAAUCCUAGUCAUUAUAUUAGCGCAGACAUAAAUUCUAUUGUAAUCAUUUCAGAGGAAAUGGGUGUGAGUAGCAACAAAUAACACAGAGACCUCAGCCUGCAAGUCUUGUUUGGAGGAUUUGGAGUUGGGAGGUGUCUUCCGGCUCACCUGGUCCAACAUCCUGCUUGAUGCUGGAAAUACAUAGCUAGAGCAUCAUCAGUGGAAGGCUGCCCAGCUUGAAGACCUCCAGGGACACGGAGACCACCUCGCCCUCAAGGUCAUUGCUGUCCGUAAUGUUCAGCUGGAAUCUGCAGUCCUGCAGUUUAUCCCCAUCUGAUCCUGCACUCUGAGAUAAGAGUGCAGGAUCAGAUGGGUGCAGGAUCAGAUAAGAGAAAAGAUAACAUCUUCUGUCUUCUGUGAGAUUUUUGAAGGAGCACAGGGAUCUGAACCUAGAAACUCAAGAGAGGAAAACCAGCCACACUAUCAAGGAAAUACCAAUUGGGAAAGUGAUAGCUUCCAGGUAAGGCUUGCUUACUGACCCAAACGACAAGGGAGGCUCUGCUGCUGCUGCUUUUACUUCAGAAAGCCCUGCCUUAUACUUCGCAGAAUCUGAAGCUGACAGCAGUGCUGCUUCCUUGUCCUUCCUGCCACCAGCUUACUAACUGAUAGUCAUUCCUAUGUGAAACUAUACACGGAAAUCAUUAAAUGAAAACAAACAGAUGUGCUUUAAUUAUUUUGGCAUGGCGGUGAUGUGGCAUAGUCAGUAUCCAGAGAACUUUUAAGUGAUCUGCACUCCCGGUAAGACUUUGAUUUACUUUUUAGUACGGCUGUCUCCUGCAGCACGUAGCAAGCAGCUUUUAAAACUCAGAACCAUUUCACACAAGAAUUCGCUCUACGGUAUGGCAAUGAGCUGUUGUUCCAAGAAAUAAAAAGCCAAACUGUGCGGUAAUGUUAAUUGUCUGAGUACAGACACUUAGCAUACAAUCCGCACACGAGAGAAGUAUCAGUGUGGUCAGGUGAGCCCCCAAGAUACAAAAAAUAGAGAGAGAAAACACUAAGUGGGUGAGGGGAACCUCCUGAAGUAUCCCAAUGAGGAGAGAAUGUGCUCAGUCAGCGUGGAAUGCUGACUUUGACUGCUGGAAGACAGAAAACGUGGGGAGAAAGAGAAAUGGAAUACCUAAAAAGGCAUGGUUGAAUACCUAAAAGCACAGAACAGGAGCACUCCCUACUGCAAAGUUUUGUUGCAAGUUCCACUUCUAACUCCUCCUGGAGAUUGUGCAAAAAGCCUUCAGUUCCACUUAAAGGAGGUCUCUAGAAAGUGACCUGUGUAAUUGGCAUAUAUUAGCCUUUGCCCUCCAGACAUCAUAGACUUGUAGAAUUUUAGAAUUGGAAGGAAUCCUGAGGGUCAUCUAGUCCAACCUCCUGCAAUGGAGGAACUUUCACUAAAGCAUUUUAGAUGACAACUCCCAUCAGUCCCAGUCAGCAAAAAAAAAAAAAAAAAAAAAAAGGUAAAGGGCGGUCAAGUUCAGUCAAAGGCGAUGAUGGGGCGCAGUGCUCAACUUGCUUUCAGGCCAAGGGAGCUGACGUUUGUCCACAGACAGCUUUCUGGUUCAUGUGGCCAGUAUGACUAAACCGCUUCUGGUGCAACAGAACACCGUGACGGAAACCAGAGCGCAUGGAAAGGCUGUUUACCGUCUCGCCACAAUGGUACCUAUUUAUCUACUUGCACUGGUGUGCUUUCUAACUGCUAGGUCGGCUGGGGCUGGAACAGAGCAACGGGAGCUCACCCGGUCGCAGGGAUUCAAACCGCCGAACUUCUGAUUGGCAAGCCCAAGAGGCUCAGUGGUUCAGACCACAGCCAUUGUGGAACCUAAGGUGAAAUAGUGUGGUUCUCAUGAGAUCACUCAUCUAGGAACUGAGCAAAGCCACUAGACUUCCUUAGCUUCAGCAAGUUGGUGGCCUCAUGUGCCUUCAGACUGACAAGCUUUACAGGGUUAUUGUAAGGGUUACCAAGGGAAUGUAAAUGAGAGGCAUGUUAAAAACACUAUACAGUGGUACCUCAGGUUACAUAUGCUUCAGGUUACAGACUCCACUAACCCAGAAAUAGUGCUUCAGGUUAAGAACUUUGCUUCAGGAUAAGAACAGAAAUUGUGCUCUGGCAGCGCGGCAGCAGCAGGAGGCCCCAUUAGCUAAAGUGGUGCUUCAGGUUAAGAACAAUUUCAGGUUAAGUACGGACCUCCGGAACGAAUUAAGUACUUAACCCGAGGUACCACUGUACAACUCUAUUCCCCCUUCCUUUUUCUUGUUUCUCACAUUUUGCAGGGUGCAUGUGUGUGGCAUAAGUGAACAAGAACAACAAAACAAGUGCAUUUCUAGAAACAAUCUGAAUAAUUAAAACAAUUUUUGAAAAGCGAUGCAUUUUUUAGUCUGUCCUUUUUUGAUACUAUACUCUGAAUUCAUUGUCAUAACUAGCAUGUCUAAAGUUAAGUUGUCAGAUCUGUCUUAAUAACGUGUCCUUCCAGUGAUGUUAAUGUUCAAAAGUCUAUAAUAAAUCUGACAUCUGUCACUGAAGGAGACAUUAAGCAAAGUAUGACCCCCCCCUUUUUCUUUUACAUUUUUCAGUCUGUGGUCUGAAGCGUAACCUCAGCAGACUGUAAGUAAGCAAACAGUGUCCAUGGGAGUCUGUUGGCCUGUCUCUGGAGAGAGAAGGUAGUUUCUAAAUGGCAUCUUGCGGUUUAAAAAGAGCAUCGCAUUGCAGGGAAAUGCCAAGAUCCUUCAUUCAUAACCGCACUAGAUCAGGGUCAUUUGAACGUUUGUUUCAGAUAAGCAUGGAUCUUGGUUACACCAUUGCCACCUGGAGUUGAAGCAGUUGCAAAAGAGAAUUCCCUGAAAUUCUUGCAAAGAAAAAUUAAAACCCAGAGAUGCGUGCGCAUGCAGAAAAAUAAUAAUUUCACAUUUGUUUUUGAUUUGCUUUGUACCUAUUUCAUGUAUUCCAUCAAAGUUUUGCUUUUAUUGUGGGAUGUCACAUUUUCCAAGCACUCAAAAGCACAGUAUUUUGUGAAAGUUUUCAGUACCUACUAUCUUGGACUGCUUUAAAGGAGGAAUAGGCAAGAUCAUAGAGGGUGUGGGGCUUUCAUUGGCUGCUAGUCACAGAGGCUGUGUUCUACCUCCACUUAUCAGAGGUAGUACACCUCUGAAAAUCAGCUGCUGUUGUGCACAGGUCCUGCUUCUGGGUUUCCCAUAGGUAUCUGAUUGUGAUAUUAAGUCGUUGGCAACCCAAAUUUUAGCAGCAUUUGUCAAGUCUCAGAUGAUUUAGACUAGUGGCUGCAAAUGCUGUACAUACUAUUCAAAAAAUCUCUUAAGGAUCUGCAUGGAGUGCACACAAAGCCCUCCCUGCUUUGGGUGCAUGGUUGUUCCUGCAUGUUACUGGCAAACUUGCAAUUGAUUCAGCCUCUAAAAUGCUGCUAAAAUGCUUCAACCUCUAAGCCUAAAUAUAUGUAGCUGAAAUAAUAACAUACUAUUAUCCUUUUGAUCUCUUCCUUCAUUUCCCCUGACUGUUGUCCCCCAAUGGGGCAGGGACCUUUCGUUGCUGUCCUUGUACAUGGGUGAUGCUAUGUUUCAAUAUUGCAAACACUAAAUAAUUUCCCAAUAAUUUAUAUAAUGCUGUUUGACUUUGUCAAAAAGUUUAGAAUCUAUUUGGGAUACUGCCAGGCUUCAACUCUGCCUGGUACAUUUAUACAUUCCUCAGGCUCACUCUUCUCUUCUGUGUUCCUGUGUACAAUAGGUGUUCACGUGUGUCUACGUGUUGUGUGAUUCGAUUUUUAUUAGUGUUUGAAAGGCAGUUUAUUAGCCGUUGCUUGUGCAGCACGUUUGUGAUCUUGCUGAUGAAAGAUUCUGCAUUAAACUGGAGUAGAGUAGAUUUAAUAAAUCUAAAAACCCACCAGCGACUUGUUGCUGUUUAACUCGGUUGACCUAGCAACAGAACCGCAGUCAACUAACGAGCUCCAAAUUCCUCCUUUGGCACUUUGUUCAUUAGUGGAAUGGAAUUAUGGCUUUCUAUCUAGCAUGCAUUUUUUCUGUGAAACUGGAGUCGCAAAUGAAGAGUCAUGGAAGUUUAAGAAUUCCAUGAGAGUCUGGACAGAUGUGCAGUAAUUAGUACUGGAUUUUGGCUCACCUUUGUUUAGACAAAUAGCUGACAAUGUGCCAUCAGCCAGGCAGUCGAUUUACGAGCUUGGAAAGAAAACUGGCAUGGAGACUAAUUGAGAAUUGGAUGGUGGUGGAAAGAACAUUUGCAUUGUCCCCCUGCGUUGUGAACCUCCAAGCAUUUCGGUUUCAGCUCUGGCUAUAUAACAGAAGACCACUGUGGGGAAUGAUAGUGGAAAUGUAACACACUGGGUUCUUUCUAAUGCUGUCCUUCCAUCCAUGGAAGGUUUUUUCAUCCAUCAGAGGCUUUUGUGAAUGGAAGGAGGACAGAAGAGAUUUUCAGAAAUUUCCCCUUUCUGCUGCAGUCUCUGUUACUGUCCUGGCACAUGCUUCAACCUUCUGGAGUAAAUUUCGGGGAUGCAGUGGAAAUGGGUGAAAAAGCAAAAGUCACCUACCUCUUCCUUUCAUUCAAGGAAGCCUCCACUGGAUCAAAGUGCCUUCCAUGAAUGGACGAACACCUGGAUGCAGCCCGUUGACUAUAGAUUGACAGCAGGCAUUAAUUUCAGAACUUUGAUACAUAUCUCCCAAGAAACAGCCAGUAAAAAAUGGCUCAGCAUUCAGUUAGGCCAUACCAAAUAGCAGCAAUGUUUUUUUAAAAAAUAAGUGUAUGAAUUAUUGCUGAACUCCCACCAGCUACUGGUUACUUGACAUGCUUGCAAACACAGAUGGUCACUAUUUGUUCAUACAGGAUUUUGGCAAGGAGGCAAAUGUCUCAGUGGGAUUUUUGUGCGUGGAGUUCAGAUAAAUAAGCAUUUUGGUGACCUGCAGUUCACUGAAUAAUUAUGAGAUUAUUCUGAAUUCAAUGUGCUGUGCCUAAAAUUAUACAAGAUCAGAAGUAUUACAUCCAGAUCUCAAAAUCCAUAUGACCAAAUAUAUUUAUACUGCUUGUCAGUUAUAGAUAUAUGCUCUUUAAGGGGUAGACCCAUAAAUGAUUAAAUAAGAAGCAGAGUUAAACAUAAUUUUGGGGGCAAAAGUUAUGCUUUCAAGAGUGGCCUAAAAUUUCCAUCUUUGCAUUUUUGUGCUAUUCACAACCUCUUCUGCUUUUUCUUAAGGUUCUUCCUUGUUCCUUGAUCCACCCAAUCAGGGUUCACAUUGCAAAUGUGGUGGUGUCAUAAUGCCUUCGGUCAAACAGAUUUGUGCUAUCGAUACCCAACCCCCCAAAAAACCACUGAAAAAGAAAUACUAGCUAUAUUUGCAAAUGGCUUCUCUCCACUUCCAAUAUUUUGACUUAACCAUAUAAGAAGAGUGUUUUGGAUGCAAUCUGGUAUCCAAACAAAAUGGCCAAGGCAUGUUUUCACUUGUUGGCUCACAGCCCAGUGGCCACUAGGGACUGUUCUGGACUUCAAGUGUACCUGUGCAAUAUAUGUGUUUCCAGACAUGCACCUAUCACUUUCACAUUUUACAUUUCUGGGGUACAUAUUUAAAAUAAUGUUACACAUCACCCGCAAUCUCUGCCAAGCAGUGACAAGAUUCCAGGGGGUUCCAGGCACUCACCCAGGGUUUGUGUUUCCAUUGGAAAUUAGGCAUAGCAGAGACUGCAGUGUCUUUAUGAUAUAUGGUUUAAUUUACACAUAUAUACACCCGAAUCCACUACAUAGAGAAUUCAGAGCACUUACAUCUCAAGAGCGUCCUUUGCUUCCCUCUUAGGAGCAGUAGACUUGGGUUUACAAGUGGAGGAACCAGCCAUGCUGCCUGUGUCUCUGUGCUAUGGCUUCUUCCAGUGCUUUUUUCUGGGGUUACUCAAGAGUACACAGUACUGGCACCUUUUCCUUUCAAAUGCUCAAAGUAUGGCACUUACCAUAACAACUUCAUUGUGAGUGCCGGCAUUCCCCCCUCCCCCCAAAAAAGCAAAACAAAACAAAUCACCCCACUGGCUUCUUCUGAACUACAUGACCACCUCUCCACUUCUUCUUUCUUCUUGCCAGAAACACUUAACAGAAAAACAGCAACUGCCCCUUCCACUUACAGCAUCACAACCUCUUGUUUCCCAAGCCUAUUGCAAAGCAACCAGCUUUUUCCUUUUAUCAGGGCCCACUGCCUCACCAUUAUCAAACAAAGUGGGUCAUUAUCAGUCUCUUGUGUCUUCAACGGCCCACCCCAUAAGUGAGCCAUCACCAAGAUGGUCUCAUGAGGAAGCCAGCUGGUGUUAUUUCCAGCCCCUGCUAAACUCAUGAAUUUGUGAUUUUGCUCAAAUUCUAACCUUUUACUGAAUCUAGAGGUUUGGGGCCUUGCCUGCCCCCCAAUUUAUAACAUCAUCUUAGGAAUACACCUAAAAACUGUAGCUUUAUGAAGAGGUUUUGAGGGACUUAAAAGGCACAGUUGCUCAGAGCCACAUAACAGGCAUUGUGUUUGAUGUUUUGUCAGAUCAAUGACAGCCUGUUUGCUAACCGUUAUGAAAAUAUAGUUGUGUAAUUUGCUCAGAAAAUGCCUGUCAGCCUUGUUCUUCUUGCCUGACAAUAGGUUUUGUCAGGAAAAUAACUCUGCUAAUCAUCCACUUCGGUGUCAACGAUUUUGAUAAAUUGCUUCUGGGAAACAUAACUGGCGUGCAGAGUGCCAUGGGUCACUUCAGGCCUUGCAUUUUAGAAUUUCACAUAUGUCAGAUUAAUUUCAAGCUAGCCACACUGUUUUCUGUGUACUGGAAACAUUACCUAUCCAAGCUUCUUACACAUUCAAGGCACGAUGUAGUGCCUGCUGCAUUUAGAAAUGGCAAGAAAGUCCUCAAAGGUUCAAAAUAUGGGCUCAGCUGCGGAGGGCAGGAUAUAAAUAAAAUUUUAGUAUUAUUAUUAUUUUCCAUGGUGUAAAUCAUGUCUGUUGUGCAGCUAAGGUAAAGGUAAAGGACCCAUGGACAGUUAAGUCCAUCCCAUCAAAGGCGACUAUGGAACCAGCAUUUGUCCACAGACAGCUUUCCGGGUUAUGUGGCUAGCAUGACUAAACUGCUUGUGGCGCAAUGGAACACUGUGAUGGAAACCAGAGCGCACGGAAAUGCCGUUGACUUUCCCACUGCAGCAGUACCUAUUUAUCUACUUGCAGUGGUGUGCUUUUGAACUGCUAGGUUGGCAGGAGCUGGUUCAGAGCAACAGGAGCUCACCCCGUCAUGGGGAUUCGAACCGCCGACCUUCUGAUCGGCAAGCCCAAGAGGCUCAGUGUUUAGACUACAGUGCCACCAGCAGCUAAACUCAGUUUUGUCUGCUGGGGCUCCACAUACUCUGCUGAGACAUCACACUGGUUGAAGCAUGGUGAACUAAGAACUGACUUCCACAAGUCCCAAACAACAUCCUGGGAGAUAUAUAUAUAUAUAUAUUUCUGAUUGUCUGAACCUUUCUGAUGUUCACAUAUAGCAGUAGCCUAGUUUAGCUUGUGAGAUACUAAUCUAAUGAAAAACGCCUCAGAGAUAUCCUGCUACAUGUUACCGUAGGCAGGAUGGAGGAAGCAAACAGUCUUCUUGGUGCACCCUUGAAAGGUCUUCCUCCUUCCUUUGUUUUUCUUGAAGAUAAAACUUCACAGCAGCAUUUUACAAGAAGGUUUAAUGAAGACCAGUGUUUGCAAAACAAGGCAAAACUUCCUCCAAUCCCCCACAGCACCAGACAUCCUAAAUUCAUUAAGAAGAAUUUGUGCUCAGCUUAAUCUUUGAAACCGUGUAGGCCAGAGUUUUGCUUUUUACAUAGUUUUGAUAGUCUGUUGCUAAUUUGAAAGGGUCAGUUCUUACAGCCAAGGCUUGUAGCCCUUUGGACACUUUGCAGGUUCACCUGCGUCACUGACUUUUAGAGGAAGCCUGAAACUCUGAAUUGUUGGUUUACGAAGUUAGUGGGAAAUUGCCUUAAAGCCUCAUGUGCUAUUUAUGUUGGCUUCGGCUUGCUGUUAAUGUGGAAGAGACAGCAGAAGAGGGGCAUUCUGGGAAAGCAAAAGCAUCUUUACGGAAGGUACUGUACCUGUAAGGCUCGUCAUUCAAACCAAGCAAAAAAAAAGUGUGUGUGUGUGUGUGUGUGUGCGCCCCCUUCUGGAAUGGAUGGCAUUUAUGGGAAGUUAAUCUGCUAAUCUUACCUUUGCUAAUCAACCCAAAAUGGUUAUAUGAACACAUCCUUAAUGCUCAGUAGGGAAACUUACAUUUCUAAAAAGCCAUGAUGAUAUGUAUGAGGAACCCAAGUCAUCUACUCAGACCUCGAAUAGAAGCUGAUGGGGCAAUUCAGGCUGGAGUUGCAGAACCUCUGAGUGAGCUCCAAAUGGACAACUUGCUUCAACCAAGCUGAAAUCAGGUCUUUUCAUCUCCGUUUGAGAGCUCCAAGGGCCAGUCUUCUGUCUUGAAGCCUCGUGCUCUACUUCCUCUCAUUUCGCUCUUUCCUGGCUCAUUGCCUGGACCAGUCAUCCAGCAAUGGGGAGCAUGGGGUCUCCAGAUGAAGAAGCAGUUGCCUCUUUAGGUGCUCAGUGGUGGUUGCCUCUGGGGAUUCCUGUGCAGGGCUGGAUAUAUAUAUAUAUAUAUAUAUAUAUAUAUAUAUAUAUAUAAUGUCCAGUAGCACCUUAGAGACCAACUAAGUUUGUUCUUGGUAUAAGCUUUUGUGUACAUGUAUCUGAAGAAGUGUGCAUGCACACGAAAGCUUAUACCAAGAACAAACUUAGUUGGUCUCUAAGGUGCUACUAGACUCUCUCUCUCUCUCUCUCUCUCUCUCUCUAUAUAUAUUUCGACUGCAUCAGACCAACACAGCUACCUACCUGAAUUGAGGGCUGGAUAUGUUUUGCCUCAGGCUUAGCACCAGGGACCAUUGCUUGGUCCACCUCUUUCCCUGCUGAUUAUUCUGCUCUGCUUAGCCCUUUUUCAUCUAGGUCUACUAUGAAACUAAUGGAGCUUAAGCUUCAGGGCCUCUAAUCUAGGAAGGGGCCCCAGAAGUGACUUUAAAUCCUCCCAUUGCUAAGAUCACAGAAGGGAAGGUCGUCUCUUGCAAAGACCUGUUUUUUGCUGACCGAUGUUGAGAGAUCUAUAUCCUUUCGAACAUCUAAAUUUCUUGUGAAGGUUUUACAGAUUUGUGUAACAAAACUUGAGAGGGGAACAGGAAAUGAUUUGUCCACUUGGGGUUGGGGAGUAGAAAUGUUAACCAUUAUUGGUAGCAGUAUUCCUGUUUUUGUUAUUAUUUUAUGUGUGCUUGGCUGCUUGCUAAAUAAACCACAAUAAACCAGACUGACUGACUGUUGCUUUUAAAAAAAAUGGGUCUAGUAGAUCAAAUUUGAGUCGCACGACUCAGAUUGAUUACUUUUUUGUUCUAUAUAUUUCAACAGUCCCAAAGUCAGUAGCACAGAUGUUGUAAAAGUGUGAUGAUCUGUCAUGGAACAACUCCAUUGAAGAAGAUAGCAGUGGUUACCAAGACCUUGUUGCUGGUUCUGAAGGGGUCCCCAUAGCAUUUCCAGAUGCAGGGCCCACAAAAUGUACGUCCACCACUGUCAAGGUCAGAGUCAAAGCUGCUACUCAGGUUGGGAGUCAUGCACCCUGCUGGAUCAGACCAAUGAUUCUCUAAGCCCAGCAUUGAGGAUGGCCAGCCAGGCCCUCUGGGAAGUCCACAAGCAGGACAUAAAGGCAACAGCCAUCUCAUAAUAUUCCUCCUCAGCCCUGGAGUAUUUGGAUGUUUAUUGAGAGACCUCUCUGUCUUAAGUCUGUCUUCUAUGAAUUUUUCUAAUCCUGUUUUAAUUUUUUAUAAGCUAGUGGCCAUCACAUCACGUAGCAGAAAAAUCCCAUAAAUUAGCUAUGUUGUAGUCUGAAGAAUGAUUCUCUUUUGGCUUGUCCUGAAUCGUCUGCCAAUAAGUUUUGCUAGAUGGCUCCAAGUUCUCGUAUUAUGAGUUUGGGGCGGGGGGAACACUCUAUCCACUUUCUCAACACCAUGCAUAAUUUUAUAGCUCUCUGUCUUAAGACUUGCGGUUUAAGGGGCAGAAGGUAAACUCGCAGUCCUUAGUUUGACAUCUGAUUUCUCUAACCACAUCUGCAAGAUGUUCUGGAAACCACACUUUGAAAGGGGGGGAAAGCUGGGUCAUUCGCUUAAAGUGUAAUUUAAGAAGAAGCUGGACUGAAAAGGUUACUUUUGGUUUACAUAUACAAGAUGAAGGUUUCCACUACGUUUAGAAUCUCCUCUUGCAUAGGAAAGCAAGAUUUAUACCUACUAAGGCAUCCAUUAAAGGGCCACCAUGAGAGAACUGUUAGUGAGCUAUGAAAUAUCAAGCAUUAACAGUGAAAUACUAUGCAUGUUCACACAAAAGUGGUCUUGAUGGGGCUUAAUCCAAAGUAGGUGUGGCUAGCAUUGCAUCCUAAGAUUUACCAGUUUAUCUGGGAUUAUGCUCCAUUAAACUCAAUGGGACUUACUUUUGAGCAGACCUGCAUAGGAUUGUGCUGCCUAUUAUUUAAAGCUCCUGUAAACUCAAGUAACCACCCACAAAGAAAUCUCUAACUUUGCCUUCUUCAAAUCUCUGUGCUUCACACAGUCCCAUUUUCAAUUAUGUUUUUUUCCUUCGAUUGAUUUGUACAUCCUAUUAUUUUUCCCUCAUUCUCAUAAAUGAACACAAACAUAUAUUUUAAAAAAUCAUAAGCAUCUGUUGGGAUAGUCAGUUCUGCCCCCAUUGUUGCUCAUGCAGCCAAAAUGACAACAAUUAAAAUAUGUGGGAGGUAUCAGCAGACUUGGGGCAACUUCAGAUUUUUCAGAAAUACAAAACAAAAACAAAAACUGGGGAGGGGUUGGCCACAGAAACACUCUAAUGAGAAGUGAGUGUGUUCCAUGCCCAUGGAAUACUGACUAACUGUCAAGAGGUGGGAAACAGAAAACUGGGAGGGAAGGGAAAUAAGAGUCAACAGAAAAGGAAGAAGGACAGAGAGAGAUGUGGGUAUAAAACAGGUAGACAGAACCAUCUCAUUGUACGGAUUGGUCAUUUCAUAGUUCAUGCUGUGAUGUUAUUUUAAAAUGUCCUCAAGAGCUAGACGUGAGAGCUUCCCAUGGAAAUCAAUGGGGAAAUUCAAAAUUUUAAUGCUGCUGGGAUUAGGCACCAGGGUGUCUGCUCCCCUCCCAAAAAAACAACAACAACAGCCAUUAGAGGACUGAACAUGCUCAUUGGCCACAGAACGAUGAAUAUCUGUUGGAAAUGGAAUGGGGAACUGACUGGCUAAUCAUGUGCCCUACUGCUGACCUUUAGCCCUUCCCCUACCAAAGCAGCAUAGGAUAAUUCUGAGUCUUGCUCAUACCUGAAGGAACCUCUUUCCAGAUAAGCAGGACCACAUGUUAUGCUACCCCUCUGCAGACUGAAAUAUGUUAUUAAUGUCAACUCUUGUUUUCUGCUCUCUUUAAAUCAUGAACGUCGUUACGACAACAUUAACUUUUGCAAGUCUCAGUAGCUGAACUUUUGUUUUCCCACUAGUCUGCUUUCAGACACCCUUUAUCAAGUCAGGCGUUCCUGUGUUUCUAAAGAUGCAUGUACACAAGGUUGGCUUCAGCAGCCGUCAUGCUUCGGCAGAUACCAUGGCUUUAGGACUCACAACUGACAGCUGCCUUGGGCUCCCUAUUCAUUUCUGACAUGCCACUCCAAGCAGUGCUGGGCCGUAGGGUGUACCUCUGGAGGCCACCAUUUUAGUUUCUCACUUCCAGAAAGGAGUGAACAAGCUGGGGCAUUGUGGGAAAUUAAAAUAGUGGCAGAACCCAGCCAUCUAGUACUGCUCCUGCCCACCGCAUGGUAAGCCUGCCAGGACCCAUUAACAGACAAGAUGGUUUCAUGAACAGAGGACACCUGGCCCAUGGCCCCCUCACCCCUGGAGCCAGCACUGACUGUACAAAUAGUAGCUGGAGAAGGAUCUUAGUUGCAAAACUUUUUUUGUUGGCAUCUGUCUGUCUCACGAGACAAUGGAGCGUUCCUCUGGGGGUGAGGUCCAACUGCCACAUUACCAGCAGCAAAGUGACCUCCCCAGGGCGCAAGCCUGGGCUGUGUGUAUGGAGGUCCUGGGCCACCCAGACAACAAUGCCCCCCUCUCAGCCUCGCUGAUGGGGUCCAAAGGAAAACAGAGCAAUACAUUUGGCACUAGCGAAAACGUAGCAUAAACAGUGAGCAGGCUGGUCUAUAAUUUCUCCCUAUGGCACACUGAUGGUUGUUGUUGUUGUUGUUUUGAAUGGGAGUGCCCUGUCCCUUCCAGGAAUCAUUCAUUUGCUUCUGCGGUCAAUCUAGUACAGUCUAUUUUAUGACUUCAGAAUUCUACCAUCUCAUUUUCUCACUUUACUGUGGUAGUUUCAGACCUGUGUUUGCAUUCAUGUCUCCCAUUUGUAUUUUGUUCUGAGGGUUAAGCUUUUUUUGUUGGGGGGGAAUUAACAGGAUUUAUCCCUGGAAAAGAUCCUGAUGUUGGGAAAGAUGGAGGGCACAAGGAGAAGGGGACAACAGAGGACGAGAUGGUUGUUCUCAAAGCUACCAGCAUGAGUUUGACCAAACUGUGGGAGGCAGUGGAAGACAGGAGGGCCUGGCGUGCUCUGGUCCAUGAGGUCACGAAGAGUCAGACAUGACUAAACGACUAAACAAUAACAACAAAUAUAUGAUUUAAUCAUCCAAACCUCUAAACAGUUUACAUAAUAUUGUUGUAAGCUGCCUCAGGCCUUGAUGCAAAGGAAUGGGAAUAAAUGUUUUAAUACAAUGCAAUACUGUACUAUACAGUACAAGACAACACAACACAACACAAAACACAACAUUACAAUAAAGAAGUAGCUUUAGCUGAAGCUGUUGCUUGCAUUACUGGCCUUUCUGAAAGUAAUACAGGUAAUGUCAUAAGCUAUGCCUACUUGCUUGGGGGAAAGGCCAUUGAAUUCAGUAGAACUUAGGUUCAAAUAAACAUGGAUAGGACUGGGAUCUUAAUUUACUAAUUCCAUCUAAUAGAUAGUUUGUCUGUUUUUGUCUUUUUAGGAAAAAGUGCUGUAAGGGUUAUAAGUUUGUUCUUGGACAAUGCAUUCCUGAAGGUACGUUCUUAAAUUAUUAUUACUUUCCAACACUUAUCACUACAGUGGUUCUGUCUUUCUGUACUUUAAUAAAUAUAGGCUCAAAUAUUUGUUUCUCUACAUGCUUACCUGGGAGUAAGUCUCACCAAACUCAAUACAUUGGGUUGGGUGGUUAAUGAGUAUAGACCAGGGAUAACCAAUGAGGUGUCCUCCAGGCUUUGAUGGGACUACAGCUCCCAUCAUCCCUCACCACUGACCAUGUUGACUGGGGCUGAUGGGAGCUGGGGUUCAACAGUAUCCAAAGGCAACCACAUUGACUACCUCUGCUAUGGAAAAUCAUCCAGUGGCUGCUGUCGUGUCCCCAGUCACCAUUAUAACGCCAUAAUUUUAGACAUUCACUAGAUCAGCAUUUCCCAACCUUGGGCCUCUAGCUGUUUUUGGACUACAACUCCCAUAAUCCUCAGCUAGCAAGACCAGUGGUCAGGGAUGAUGGGAAUUGUAGUUCGAAAACAGCUGGAGGCCCAAGGUUGGGAAACACUGCACUAGAUGUAUCUGAGCUUCAUGAUGUCUCCUUUUGCUUCAUAACAGUCUCUACAUUAUAGGCCUUCAAAGUCAUGUGAAUAAACCAACCCGAAUUUACCAUUUCAGUUUCUUAGUUCAACCAUCUCUUCUGGGAAUGGAUGGUAGGUAGCAUUUAUGCUCCUGAAAUGCUUAUUUGGGAGCAAUAAGAAGCAGGGCAUUGACGAAGAUAUAAAUUGUGACACUGCAGACAUUAGAUAGCUUGGACAAUUAUUCUGAUGCAUAAAAGGCCUUUGUGGAAGUAAGGCAGCAGUCUCUGGGUCCACUCUGAAGAACAGCAAUCUGUAGGCCAACCAGUAGAAGAUUGUUUCACACCUUUCUUUGCUCUGAGGCUGAGGGGUCAGACACCUGAGGGCAGGGGCAGCGCUUCCCCUUUUGCCACUUGAGGUGCAAGAGGAAGUGCCGCCUUGCCCUGCCAUUGCCUGUGCUGCCCUCCCUGCCAGUAUCACAGCCAAUUUCAGGUCAGACCUCUCUGGUUUGGGGAGAGAUAUUGCAUGCUGCACAAGAUCUUACCCAAAACUGCCACCACCGCUUCUCUGCCAGGGGUGGAGGUGGUGAGGCAGGUAGGACGUCACUUUUGGUGGCUUCUGCUGCCUGAGGCAGUGCCCUCUCACUCCCAAUGGCCAUGUCUGAGUACCUGCUUCCUACUCAUGCCUCAGAGCAGUCUCUGCUAACUGUUGUUCAGUACCUUGCAGCUGCACUGCUUUGACGAAAAAGAACUUGGCUUUUAAAAACACCCUCACUGUUUCAUCAUCAUCAUCAUCAUCAUCAUCAUCAUAUUUAUACCCCACCCAUCUGGCUGGGUUUCCCCAGCCACUCUGGGUGCUUCCAACCGAAUAUUAAAAACAAUACAGCGUCAGACAUUAAAAACUUCCCUAAAGAGGGCCGCCUUCAGUUGUCUUUUAAAAGUAAAAUAGUUGUUUAUUGCCUUGACAUCUGCUGGGAGGGUGUUCCACAGGGCAGGCGCCACUACCAAGAAGGCCCUCUGCCUGGUUCCCUGUAACUUGGCUUCUUGCAGUGAGGGAACCGCCAGAAGGCCCUCAGCGCUGGACCUCAGUGUCCGGGCAGAACGAUGGGGGUGGAGACGCUCCUUCAGGUAUACAGGACCAUGGCCAUUUAGGGCUUUAAAGGUCAGCACCAACACUUUGAAUUGUGCUCGGAAAUAUACUGGGAGCCAAUGAAGAUCUUUCAGGACUGGUGUUAUAUGGUCUCAGCGGCCGCUCCCAGUCCCCAGUCUAGCUGCUGCAUUCUGGAUUAAUUUCAGUUUCUGAGUCACCUUCAAAGGUAGCCCCACAUAGAGCGCAUUGCAGUAGUCCAAGCGAGAGAUAACCAGAGCAUGCACCACUCUGGCAAGACAGUUUGUAUAUUACCCUGCCCAUCCUCUCCAAGGAUCUCACCUCCCUUUUUUAUUCUCACAACAUCCCUGGGAGGCAAAUUAGUAACUGGCCCAAGAUGGCUAAGCAUGGAUUUGUAUCUGGGUUUUACCCUUAUAUUUUUGUGCAUCACAACAAUUGGCUCCAGCAGACAUAAGCCCCUCCAGCAGACAUAAUGUGCCACCCAAAUGCCAUCUUCUCUUCUCUGGCUCUGUGCUUCACCUCUCCCCUGGGCCCACCCCUUGGAGGCCCUUAGAAGGCAGGGCUUUAAAACAAUCAAGUAUGUGGUUUUAAAAGGAACAGGAGUGUUAAUUUUGCACCACCUUUUAAAAUACUGCAUAAAUGAGCUCAGCCAGCGGUUUAUCAUUUAUUAAAGUUUUACACUUACUGUGUGUUAUUUGGAACAGUAGUGUUUUAUGGGCUGUGUGCUCUCUGCUUUGGCAAUCAAGAGCUGAUCUUGUAGCAUUAUGAACAUUAGGCUGCGAAGACAGAUGCACGUGCUCAACUCAACGCACUCUUUUGCCUCUUGCAGUCAACAAAAGGGAUUCACCUUGGUUUUAUCAGGUUGAUUUAUUAUUGGCAGAUGUGCUGCUUUAGCAGCUCAGAGUCCCGGAAAUCUUGGCAGCCAGACACCGAGCUGAUAAUGCACUGGGGCAAAACCAAACUAUGAAUAAAAAUCUUAGCAGGUGAGCAAACUUGACUGGUGACUCACCUAUCUUGGCUCAAUGCUGAGAAAACACUUGGAAUCGUUUUUUCUGCAAAAUCGAGCUCCAAAUGGGAUAGGAGCAUUCUGACAACUGAGAGGCAUUUUGAGUCCAUCGUGGCUGCACAUUGUGUCCAGCUUCAAUUCAUGGUGCUGGUGUUAACCUUUAGAAACCUUAAUGGCUUGGGACCUGUUUAUCUCAAGGACCACCUUCUUCUGUAUGCAUGCUCUGAUUGUCUCCAAACUCCUUCUUCAGAUUCCGUAACACCACAAGGCACACCAGGGACAGGGCCAUUUCUACAGUGGCACCUGCUGCAUGCAACACUUUAGCAAACAUGCAGCAUCAGACCCCAUCACUGCUUUUGACGGCUAGUGGAGACGUGGCUGCUCAUUGCUUAAAGGGGCCUUAGGCUUAAUAUUUCCUUUUGUUCUAACAUUCUGAAGUUUUAAUUCUGAUAGCUGUUUUGCCGUUGUUACUGUGGCCUUGGGUUUUAUGCUAAUAUUUUGAUUCACGAUGUAAACUUUGAAUUGUUCUGUAUUUUAUAACUGUUGCCUUUUUUUAUUUUAAAAAAUCACCUUGAGUUUCUUCUGAAAAAUAGGUGGGAUAGAAGUUGUUGUGCUUAAACAAUUUAGCAAUGAGAAGCCUGAGCUGCGAUGGAGCUCCGUUGCAUCGUACACAGUCAGCACAAUUGCAGUAAGCUUGGAACUGUAAGACUCAAAGUCAAUUCUGAAUGCAUGAAGCAAAAUAAACAUUUGGUGCUGUAGUUCACAGAGUGAUGGUUUACAUGUUCUCUCCCUCUUAAAUGGAGAUUAGUUCCAUGCGAGAGAGAAAUGUCACACUUGAAAUGCCAGUCAUGGGUGGAUGCAGCUGCCAAUGCCUGCAAGCUGGUGUAUUACUUUUCCAGUCUAGCCCAAUGAAAGGAGGAUGCAAAGACCCUCUUCCCUUGGAGAACCCCCCCCCCCAUGGCUGAAUAUAUAUGGUGGAGGCCAUAGAAAGCAGCACAGAAACCCCAUAUCUCCUCCUAGCUGCCCUGUAGUAUCACACAAACCAUAGCAUGAUUGUGCCCUAUGAUUCCUUGUCACCACUAGCAACAGCCAGUGAAUUGGAGCUGAGGCAGGGAAACUUGCAGAACAUUAACCAUCUUCAGGCGGUCUUCUUGAAUGCCUGAAGGGGCAAGUGGGAAUGCACUCCACCUGGCUACCCCCUCACUGGUAUCUGCACCACCCACAACACCACCCCCAUAUCAGUUCCACCCAUGACCUUCAUGUGGAUCUGAAGAGCAAAUUUCCAUGGCCUUGGAAUCCUGCCCUCAGUCAGGAACCCUGCAUGGUUAAGGGGUGGCCCAUCAAGUCCAGCAUCCUGUUCGCACAGUGGCCAACCGAAAGCAGGACCUGAAUGCAACAGCACUCUGCUCAUCUGUGACUGCCUCUGGCAAUGGAACCCUGGAGAGCCACUGCCUCCUGAAAUCUACUCUCAAAACCCCAAAGAGCUGUUGCCAGUCACGGCAGUGGCAUUACUUAGAUUUGACCAUUUAGCCUGGCAGGCUGAGAACACCCUCUCUUGUCCAGUGUGCCUCUCUGUUGAUCCUACCAUUCCAGAGUUGUAAUCUUGUUGUUGUUUAGCCAUGUCCAACUCUUCAGACCCAUGGACCAGAGUGACGCCAGGCACUCCUGUCUUCCACUGCCUCCCGCAGCUGGGCCACGCUGGUAGCUUCUGAACACUGCCCAACCACUCACCCACGCUCUCUCCUUGUCCCCACCCUUCCCAACACGGGCCCUUUCCAGGGAGUCUUCUUCUACUGAGGUGGGCCAAAGCAUUGGUUUCGCUUCAUGAUCUGUCCCUUCAAUGAGCGCUCAGGGCUGAUUUUCUUAAGAAUGGAUAGGUUUGAUCUUCUGUGUCCAUGAGACUCUCUCAAGAGUCUCCUCCAGCACCAUAACCAAAGCAUCACUAUUCCGGCGAUCAGCCUCUUUUUAUGGUCCAGCUCUCACUUCCAUACAUCACUACUGGGGAAACCAUAGCUUUAACUAUAUUAACUUUACCACAAGGUGAUGCUCGCUUAAGAUGCUGUCUAGGUUUGUCAUUGCUUUUCUCCCAAGAAGCAGGCGUCUUUUAAUUUUGUGACUUCAGUCACCAACUGCAGUGAUCAUGGAGCCCAAGAAAGUAAAAUCUCUCACUGCCUCCAUUUCUUCCCCUUCUAUUUGGCAGGAGGUGGUUGUCCUUGUAUCCUGUAAUCCACUAAAUUUGGUUCUGGAAAUAGCAUUGUAGAGGUGUACAGUGCAUUCACUAAACUGUAUGCAGCUUCUCCACAGCCCAACAGUUACAAUCAUCUAUGGUUCUUAGCUUAGUAUAUUUCUUUUAACCAACUUUUAUUCACAGAGAAUUUUCUUGAGAGUCCCCCCCCAAAAAAAAAAAAUAUCCUGAAGGUGAUGGAAGAAAAAUAACAACAUUGUGUAAUUACAUUUAUCUUAUUUUUUCCCCAGAGGUAUCUGCUUCUUUGCCUGUUCUUUUGUCACACAUAGCAAUCCAGUGUAAAUAAAAAUUUGAGGUCUACGUUUUCUUGAUUAGUAAUGGGAGUACAACUACAUUGGUAACUGAAGGACAAACACUAAUUUCCCAAAUUACUUUUGCAGUGUUGUACAGCUGCUAAUAACAAGCACAUUUCUCUCUCGUUAGAUUAUGACGUCUGCGCAGAAGCUCCUUGUGAACAACAGUGCACAGACAACUUUGGACGAGUCUUAUGCACGUGCUACCCUGGUUAUCGGUAUGACCGCGAAAGGCACAAGAACAGAGAGAAACCCUAUUGCUUAGGUGGGUGGAAAAGAUUGCACCUGAAAUCAAUUCAAGGCUACUUGCCAUAAAUUCAAACAUAUGGAUAUUAAUGUGCUUCCAAAAUUUGGUUAAUUCAGAUUAUUAUUGUUUAUUGUAUUUUUGAUACAUUUUUCAUUUGCGUUUCUGAUACAUUUCAAAAUGUAAACAAAAAUAAUGUGAAAAGAAAAGAAUCUCUGGAAUAAUAAAAAGUAACAAUUUUGAAAUAACAAAAACAACAACCAGAAAACGUUCCUUAACCGACUUCCCAUCCUCUCCUUCCAUUGUUCCUUUUAUCUCUUAUUUUCCUCGCGUUUUCUUGGUUCAUGCUGUCUAUCGCAACUCCUUAUAUAAACUCUAGUUAUUUCUUACACUGCUGAGAAUCUUACCAUCCUGCUAGGUUGAUUGUCUGCUUAUCACACUUUUUCAUAUAUUCAAUAAAGAAUAUCCUGUCCUCCUAUAUCUUUUAUCAUUUUGAUUCCUUAUUCUAAUGGUCAUUCCUGUUAGCUCUUCAUAUGCUAACAGUUUAAUGCACCAUUCUUCUUUUAUUGAUACCUUAUCUGUUUUCCAUUUCUGCGCUAAUAACACACAUGCAGCAGUUGUCGCAUAUAGGAACAAAAUUCUCUCCUUUUUUUUGUAACUUCUGUUGUUAUUAACCCCACAAAAAUCUUCUGGAUUUUUAGGAAAGGAUUUUUAAAACAUUUUUAAAAGUUCAUUAUAGGUCAUUUCCUAAUAGUUUUUAAUUAUGCUGCAUGACCACCACAUGUGAUGAAGAGUUCCCUCUGCUACCUUGCAUGUUCAACAAUUGCCCUUUGUUGAUUUUGGCAUUUUUGCGAGUCUAUUUUAACCCUGGAUCCCAAUAACUCCUUUUCAAACUGCGAAUUUUGUUCUGCAAAUCCAUAUUUUUUUAACUAACUUAAAUGUUGCAUUCAAGUGAUGGUAAAGAUCUGUCACUUGAUCUUUUAUCUCUCUAUACUCUUUCAAUUUAUAUUCCUCCCUAGUGACAGUUAGCAAGUCUCUAUAUGUACUCCAAUUUUUCUGUAUAUUAUUAUUAUUUUUUCCUUGCAAGGGCUUCUGUUGGUGACAGCCACAUUGGUGUUUUCCUUUCUAAUAAGUUUUUGUAUUUUUCUCAUACCCUAUACAGGUUUUUCCUAAUUAAGUAGUUUGAGAAACUCUCAUAUAUCUUGGCCUUCCCGUACCACAGGGACGCAUGCCACCCAAAUUUUAAGUCAUGCCCUUCCAAGUCCAAUAGGUAUCUGUUCUUUAGUAAAAUCCAUUCUUUCAACCAACAUAAACAUGAUGCGUCAAAAUAUAAUUGUAUGUCAGGCAGGACAAAACCACCUCUCUCUUUAGUGUAAAUCACAAUUUAUGUUUCAUCCUGGGUUUUCUCCCAUGCUAAAUAAACUUAGAUAGAUCUUUUUGCCAUUCCUUAAAAUUUCAGAUGUCAUUAACUAUAGGUACAGUCUGAAAUAGGAAUAGCAUCUUUGGGAGUAUAUUCAUUUUUAUGACCGAAAUUUUACCCAGCAAUGACAAUUGCAUUCUACUCCAAAUUUGCAGGUCUUUUUUUAUUUCUUCCCAAACCUUUACAUAGUUAAUUCAGAUUAAUUCAGAUGCUGCCUCCACCACCAUGGCCAACGAUGAGGGAUGAUGAAAGUUCAGAGUCCAGCAUUGAUCUGGAGGACCAUAUGUUCUCCAUCCCUGAUCUAGAGGGCCACAGGUUCUUGUCUAACCUGGCUGUCACUAUCUCUCCAGCAACUUAGAGGUAUUUCCCAUCACCUGCUGUCUGAACUUUUGAACUGCAGAUGAUGGGGGUUGAGAGUUUGGAAUCUGUUGCAUGCAACACAUAGUUCCACUGAGCAGUAGUCCCUCACUAAUCGAGUGCAUUUAAUGCAACAGUUUUAGGAAACCUUUAUUUCUGAUAGUUCCCUCCCUUUUUUAAAACCCACUGCGGCAUCCAUCCCCUUUCAGAUAUCGAUGAGUGUGCCACAAGCAGCGAGCCUCUCUGCCCCCACAUCUGUGUCAAUACCCUUGGCAGCUAUCGGUGUGAAUGUAACGAGGGAUACAUACGUGAAGAUGAUGGGAAAACAUGCACCAAAGGAGAGAAAGGUAUUACACUGCUGUUUCUUAAAUUAUUCUGGCGCAAAGGGAUCCACUGUGCACUGAUAAAAUCAGUGAAAAGCUCCAAGCCUAAAGACCUGUGCUCAGAAGGAGGUGCUAUUAAAAUUGCAUAUUUUUGCCUCCAGAUCAGUUGAUUCAGAGCUCUUGCUAUUAUGUUCUGAGCUGGUUGUUCCAGCUCUGACUACAUAGCUCUCAGCCAUUCCUGGUGAAGCUGAGUUCCCAGAAUGCAUUGCUCUUCUGCAUAUGAAGCUGAAGUCAUAGACAAGCUGAACUAUUCUGCCUUGUGAAGUCAGCUGAAGCUAUUUAUGCCCCUGGUGUGUCAGCUAUCAUUACUGAAAACAUGAUCCUUUCUUGGCUGACUUCGGUUUCCCUUCCCCAGUAAGAAAACGAGACUAGCUAAACCUUGUUCUUGUCCAGCAAGUCACAAAAAAGCAGACAAUCAGUUCCUUACAGACAUUUUGAGGGUAGAGGAUUCCCAUAAUGUUUGAAUGUCUAAGAUCCCAAAAGUACUCUUCUUGAGCCUCCUUUUUUUAAUCCAGCUUUGCAAAACUGAGUGGCCAGGUGACAGAGUUUCUGCACCUUUAACAGCUAUGCAGAAUAAAUAUUUUAAGCAGGUAUAAUUCCAGUCCACCAUACAUGAGAACAGGAUUUUCUCCCUCUGACUCCUAAGUCUACUGUUUGAAACAACCUGCUUAGGAAUGCCAUCUUGUGGCAGAUAGAAGUUCAUGCGCCAUUGCCAGCCUACAAAAAACCAUUUGCAUUGCAAUAACCUUUCCAAAAUAGCUGGCUUAAAUUGCAGUGGAAUUUAGGUCUUCAAGGCAGAUCAUCUGAUAAAUCCUUUCUUACAAUGUUAAUAAUAUACUGAUUUUUUUUAAAUUAAAAACAACAACACAACACCAGUAUCUCACCCAAUCUCCAAAGAUAACACACAGGAUGGAGAAAAUGAAUUAGUGUGUGUUUAUUUUACAGCGCCAGAGGGAUGAAAGCUGUCUGCUGCCCUUAGCCGUCUGUGAAUUUGAGCUGCAGGUUUGAAUAUGGGGAGGGGCACCAAAGACAUGGACCAUCUUUGUGACAUGAAGAUCCUAUUGCAUAUUGUAGAGAGGGCAUGGUGUAGCCACAUAAUCAAAUGAAAACCAAUGGCAGAUAAUACAAGACAGAUGAUAACAUAAGCCUUGUGGGGUGGGGGGAAUACAUGCAGGCACCCAACAUGGAAACAAUGGGUAGAAUUCAACAUUGUGCUCUUUGCAUUGUUUCAUCUGCUCAAGCGUUUCCAUUUGCCAGCUGAAUAGGUCUCCCCACUCCCCCACCACCACAUGCUGUUUUGGGGGUUCUCAGGACCCCUCAGUGGCCCAUUGUGCGGGUAUGGGAGCACAAAAUGGAUGUCCUCGAGCAGGGGUUCUGCUGAUGGGGCUGGCUAGGUGAAUCCCACCUGAGGACUUCAAGCAAAUGUACUGCCCCAUCAAACAGUAUUAUCUUAGGAACUACUGCUGCUGCUGGGCUCAUUUUCUUAUUGUCUAACUUCAGACAAGAAAGGACCACGUUUUCAGUAAUGAUAGCACACACACAGGCGCUUAGGUAGCUUCAGCCAGUGUGGUGUAGUGGUUAAGAGCGGUAGUCUCGUAAUCUGGGGAACCGGGUUCGCUUCCCCGCUCCUCCACAUGCAGCUGCUGGGUGACCUUGGGCCAGUCACACUUCUCUGAAGUCUCUCAGCCCCACUUACCUCACAGAGUGUUUGUUGUGGGGGAGGAAGGGAGCCGCUUUGAGACUCCUUCAGGUAGUGAUAAAGUGGGAUAUCAAAUCCAAACUCUUCUUCUUCACAAAGGAAGAAUAUUAUCUGUGACAUCAGCUUCAUAUGCGGAAGAGAAAUGCAUUCUGGGAGCCCGGUUUUGCUGUCACUGAGGUGGCAAAUAAUUCAGAAGCCUCUCAGUCCUUCACACUUCUUCUGCAGAGUUUGGUACAGAACUUUGAGAGCCUCUGCUUUCGUUUUUAUUAAAACAGAGCUUCCAGUACUCAACACUGUGGAAGAAAGCAUAGGAGCAUUGACUUAUUUCAGCCCCCCUCUGCCUGGAAAAACAAUUCAACUUUUGGGGGCAGCAGAGUUUGCAUUUGCAUUAUAUCUGUUGUAUGCUGAAGUUCGGUCCUCGUGCAGGAGAUGGAAGAGCUUAGCAGGUGUGAAAAAGAUGUGGUUUUGUAUGACUAGGCCCUCAUUAGUUCCUGCCCAUCUUUCCUACAUGGCUGGGGGUCAGGCUCCACUUCUCCUGUGACUGUGUGACUCUUACUGGGUUCAGUGGUUUCAUAGAAUCAUAGAAUUUCCAGUUGGAAGGGACCCCGAGGAUCAUCUAGUCCAACCCCUUGCAAUGCAGGAAUCCUUCCCACACUUCUAUGAGUACAAGAAGCAAAUAUUCAUUGGGCCAUGUUCUUGCUGGCUACAGUGUCCUACUUGCUAGGAACAGGAAGUAAGCCUCUCCCAGUGGCGUAGCGUGGGGGGUGCAGGGGGGGCCGGCCGCACCGGGCGCAACAUCUGGGGGUUAGGGUUAGGGGGCGCAAAUCCACGGGUUAAGGGGCACAAAUUACUUGCCUUGCCCCGGGUGCUGACAACCCACGCUACGCCACUGGCCUCUCCCUCAAGGAAUUGCCACUUGACUUGCUCUGGUGUUGCUGCAAGUAGUCUCCCUUGGCAGAUGAAGUGCCUCUCCCUUACUCUUAACUCCUUUGCCAAGGAUGUGUUGUGGAAGAUAAACUGAUCCCUAUACCUGCAAUCCGCCAGGUCACCCAUUGCAAGCUUUAGCCUUUGCUGCCGGGAACCAAGUGAAAACAGCCCUAAACAUUUUGCUACUGGCCAGGAAGCUACAACUGCUUGAUGGCCUCUGCCCUCCUUUAUCUGAUUCUCACCCUUUUGCAGACCGCAUCCUUGGGUUAUGACCUCAGCUGCUGCCAGUGCAAGUUGUGGGGCUUAACUGAUGCCUUUGUAGGGUUCUGGUGAAUGUCAGAGGCUGCCGUGCCUUAAAUUUCCAGCAGCUCCUGUGUGUCAUUACUUCUUCUGUGCAAGCAGCACAGGGGGAUGCAAGUUAGUUCUGGGCCUCAGAUCCUGGCAAGGGAUUUAAAUGUAGCCUCUAUAAACAACACACAGUGGAUGUGGAACAUGCGGCUUGUUGGGGGGGGGGGGAACUAUUGAGAAAGCCUCAUAGAAUCAGGUGGGUGUGGGGAGGAGAACUUGUAGAUCAUCCCUGUUGAAUGCAGGACCUGCAUAGAAUCAUAGAGUUGGAAGGGACCCUGAGGAUCAUGUAGUCCAACCCCCUGCAAUGCAGGAAUAUGCAGCAGCCCCGUACGGGGAUCAAACCUGCAACCUUGGUGUUAUCAGCACCAUGCUUUAACCAACUGAGCUAUCCAGGCUGAGCAGUUCAGGAUGCAAAUAUGUAGCAUCACUGGCAGGUGGUUGUCCCGCUUCUGUUAAAAUACAGUCGUGCCUUGGACAUCGAACAGAAUCCAUUCCGUAAGUCCGUUCGACUUCCAAAACGUUUCGAAACCAAAGCACGGCUUCCUGCAGCCGAUCAGAAGCCGCAGAAGCCCACUUGGACAUUCAGCUUCCAAAAGAAUGUUUGAAAACCGGAACACUCACUUCCAGGUUUCGAUCGUUCGGGAGCCAAGGUGUCCGAGAUCCAAGGUACAACUAUACCUCCAACAAAGGAGAGCCCCUCCCACCCUUGCCCCAAUUUACCUCUAGCCUCAACCUGAUUGGUGCUGAUAAUUGCGUGUCCGAGACCCCGAAACCACGCCCUCGUUGAUGAAUAAGACGCAAGGAGACAGAUAUUAAAGGUAAAGGUACCCCUGCCCGUACGGGCCAGUCGUGUCCAACUCUAGGGUUGUGCGCUCAUCUCACUCUAUAGGCCGAGAGCCAGCGCUGUCCGCAGACACUUCCGGGUCACGUGGCCAGCGUGACAAGCUGCAUCUGGCGAGCCAGCGCAGCACACGGAAACGCCGUUUACCUUCCCGCUAGUAAGCGGUCCCUAUUUAUCUACUUGCACCCGGGGGUGCUUUCGAACUGAUAGGUUGGCAGGCGCUGGGACCGAGCAACGGGAGCGCACCCCGCCGCGGGGAUUCGAACCGCCGACCUGACGAUCGGCAAGUCCUAGGCGCUGAGGUUUUACCCACAGCGCCACCCGCGUCCCUUGACAGAUAUUAGGUUAAUGCUAUUGGGCAAACUUAGGCCACAACUUUAUUGGUUACAGAAUAUAAGUGGUAUUGGCUUAGGCAUUGGAACUGACCCGACUAUAUCUGACUCCUGCCCGUCACGCAGGGAGUCCUCCCACCCUUGCCUCAAUUUACUUCUAGCCUCAACCUGAUUGGUGCCGAUAAUAAGAAUUAAUAAGUACAUUCAGUGCUUUUUCUGGGGGUACUCAAGGGUACUCAGCACCAGCAGCAUUUUUUCAAGAAGAAAAGCACUGAGUAUAUUGUGCCUUUCCUAAAGAUUUAAAGCUCUGUAAAGAGCACCUUAUUUUGAUACUUCUUGCGUUCUCUUGUUAUUCUCUGCAUUUCAAUGGCUCCAGCAAUGUACCAGUAGAUAUUUCAGAGUUACUUUUUACUGCGAUUGUGGCUCUGGCCCUUUCUGCCAUUAAGCGUCCCAUUGCGCAGCAAACAUAAUCAGUGGUGAUAAAGGCCGGCUUUGUGCAAAUUGCAAGCAAAAGGUCUCGCUGCAUGAGAUAUUGGCACAAUUUACAGCAUACAAAAAUUGGCCCUUGAAGGGGGAUUAUAAAUCACUGUGGGUCCUGUACAGUAAAGACUCAGAUAAAAGUAGAGAGGUAAACACUCUCCCCCCCCCCCCAGAUAUAAAAAGAGUUUUACAAAAGGGCAUUAAGACCUGCUAACUGGAAACAGCUGCUGCUAAGACUGUUUGCAGCGAGCUUAGGCUGGAUCUGUGCAGCCUUUCAUGGUGAUUCACAACUGGGAAAGGUUGUUAAUACCAAGGGCACCUCUUCCUCUCACGGAAUGGCCAGGAAGGAAAACUUCAAAGGCUCAUCACCCCAGCACAGCUUUCUUUGGCAUUUCUCUUCCCUGCUUUGUUUUCUUCCUCUUGAGGGGAAAAAUGCAUUGGAAUAUUUGCUCUCUCUCUCACUCUUUUCCCCUUUUUGCAGGGUUUUCUGAGAAGGCUGAUAACGUGGUGAAACCAGGGGCCUGCUGUGCCUCUUGCAAAGAGUUCUAUCAAAUCAAGCAGACAGUGUUGCAACUGAAACAAAAGGUACAAGAAUCAGUGGCGGAGGCGGGGGGUGUGGUCCAGCCCGGGUGUCAUCACGGGGGGGGGUGACAAAAUGACAAAAAUAUGAGUUUAAUAUAUAUGUUUUUUAAAUGGACUCACAAAAUUUUUUAGUUCAGUCAACAAACGUAACAAAACGUGGCUGGCACUGGGUGCCACACCACGGGGGCCGGCACUUACCGCAGGGCCUGCAGCGUGCCCAAGCCACGCGUCUCUCCUGGGAGUGACAUGGUGGCUUGGGUGCUUGCAGGCUCCACACUGUCUAAAACAGCAGCGUGGGACUUGCGGCUGCCCUCCGCCUCUCCCUCAGCCGCCCUACAGCUGAGGGGGAGGCGGCGGAUAGGAUCCAUACAGUGCCCCCUGCCCCAUAGCCGGCUCACCCCGCCCCUGGCUGUAGGACCAGGCUCCCAAGCGGCAAGCUACGCCACUGACAAGAGUUGAGAAGAAAGACAUAAUGGGCUUGGACAGAAUCAAGUUUCUAAAUAAGAUAUUUCAUAGGCUUGCUGCAGAACAAUAAACCCAGAUAUAGAAAUUCAGCAAGUGAAUUUGUCUUCUAGGGAAACGGUGCAAUCUUGUUCCUUGGAGGCUUAAAAAAACCACAGUCACAUGGGGAUGUUUUCAUAAAAGAUAGUUCAGAAGAAUAAUCUUAAUUUAGGGCAAUGAGUAGUCCUAGAACCAGAUUUUCGGUCCCUUCCAAUUGAGUGGCCAGUUUCACAAGAGUCGGUUUAUUCACAUUUUGUAUUCACCAUAUUUUGGGGGUACAUUAAUAGAAUCCCACAUAAUGAAGUUGAACUGUAAAUACUUUUCACACACUAUUUUCUGAUGCAGGAGAGGUUAAAUCCUCAAAGGAAAGAGCAUGGAUGCUAGAUUAUUUUAUGGGCAAUUAUUCCUUUCAAAGCUAUAUAAUGUGUCAAAUUGCUGGGGGGGGGGUAUCUACACUUGGCUUCGCGCCAUCAUUUUUCUCCCAACACAAGGUAAUUAUCUUUUUUAUAAAAUAAAAUAAAAAUCACACAUAACUGAGACACAUGUGAAAACUUGAGUUUUGUGAAGGUUGUCAUGUGUGUUUUGCAUGGGAUUGUUUGGAAAAAUAUAUCAGGUGACGUGGAUCUUGCUAUUCAGCUAGAGGACAGAAGAGAAAGAGUCCUUUUCCAGGGUUUUGUUAUUUUGUUUUAAUAUAAGACUAUGAAGCCAAUUUUAUUCUGUAAAACCUUCAAAAGAAGAAUCCACAAGGGAACUGUAUUGUGUUUUAUCUUAUGCAAGAGAAACUCACCCUGGCCAAUAUCAUCAGGAAUCUGAUAGCAUGAUGUGAGGCUAAGCUUGAAGUGUGAAUCUUCCAACUCUAGGCUUGGAAUCUUGGAGGGUGGGGCAAAAGGCAGCCGAAAUUUGGAGUGAUUUCAAGCGGGGUGGGAUUCCUAAUAGGUUUUGGGGGCUUUUCGAGUGGCAGUAGAUGUUCUGGGGUGUUCUAGGUGUUCCAGAAGCCACCAUUUCCCUACCCCCAAUAAAAUGCACCAGAAUGACACUACAGUACUGGGUUUGGAGCAGUAUGGGGAGAUAUGAAAGAGCUUGCAGUGAAUGGAGUGUGCAGAGUGCAAAUGGGGCUGCAAAAUAAUAGUGAAGUAUUGGAGCUCAGCUGCUGCCUGAUGGACAUGAUGCUCCUGGAGUUCUCAGAAGCUUACUGUAUAUGUAUGCAUUUAUUUGCUAAAUUUAUAUCCCACCUUUCCUCCCAAAGGAGCCCAGAAUAGCUCCUUUUUAGCAGUUCGUUGGAUAGAAUAUCAGCAGUGGUAAGCAAAUUUCCCUGGAACAGAGCCUGCUUAUACAGUGGUGCCUCGCAAGACGAAAUUAAUUCGUUCCGCGAGUUUUGUCGUCUUGCGGUUUUUUUCGUCUUGCGAAGCACGGUGUCGGGAAAGUUUUGGAAAAGCUUCAAAAAUCACCAAAGUCUUUAAAAACCUCAAAAAAGGCUACCACACCGCGUUCUAUGAGUUACUCCUCGAAGUCAAGUCGCAACUGUAUUAACGGUGUUAAGAAAAGGGAAACAAACUUGCAAGACGUUUCCGUCUUGCGAAGCAAGCUCAUAGGGAAAAUCAUCUUGCGAAGCAGCUCAAAAAACAAAAAACCCUUUCGUCUAGCGAGUUUUUUGUCUUGCGAGGCAUUCAUCUUGCGAGGUACCACUGUAAUCACUGAUCUCUCCCUGCAGUGUGGAGUGCUUGGUCCUGUUCUCAGCUCACAUUAUAUCGGAAGAAAUCCCGAUACACCUGGAGAAUAGCCACUGUGAAGCAAGCCCUAAAUCAGGCAUAGGCAAACUUGACCCUCCAAAUAUUCUGGGACUACAACUCCCAUCACUCCUAGCUAACAGGACCAGUGGUCAGGGAUGAUGGGAAUUGUAGUCCCAAAACAUCUGGAGGGCCGAGUUUGCCUAUGCUUGCCCUAAAUGGUGUCCCAGGAUUCUCUGCAGCACUCAGGGAUUCUAUGCAGAUAUAAUGGAAAUAAUUCCUCAGAGAUACAUUUAAAAAAAACAACAGAAAACAACCUUCUUCCCUAUCAUCCCCCUCGACAGAGUUGCAAAACUAGUCAGAGAGAGGGAGAGCCCUUUGCCAAAAGAAAUAAAUAGCAAGCAAUCCAGGCAUGCAAGCAUUCCCAUGUGUGGAAUAGCUCUCAUUGCACAUGUUGCUUGCGCAGAUACAUGUAAGUAUGUAUUUAAUUAGAAAUAAGUGUUAGCCUGGACCCAGGCGAUCCAUCGCCAAGCCAACUGAGCAACGGUUUCCGCACGGAACUUCUUCAAAAGUACAUGUAAUGCAGGCCAUGGUGGGGCUUAGAUCUCAUUUCCGUGACUAUUGUCCCUUUUGAAAAUAUUGUAGGGAGGUAUUCUGUUUCCUUGUGAAGAAAGAUUCAUGCAUGAAGAGAGACUUGGGAGUGAGAUCAUUUUCAAGAGCGAUUCCAAGCCUGAAUCAAGAAAGUGGAAUGGAAUAGACAUUAGAUCAGUGCAUGCUCGUGUCUGGCUAAGAUAAUAAUAUUCAUCAUCAAAGCACAGGGCAGAUGCCUCUGACCUUGAGAUAGUGAAGAGAGAGCAGACAGGAGUGAGUGACUGGUUUAGCAUACAUUGCAUGAGCUUCAGGGUCACGUUGAAUUUGCAGGUUGGCAUCUGUUGUCCCUACGUGUCCUUUAUGAAAGUGCCUGUCUUAUCUGUUCGAGAUAAAUAAACGAGUUGGCACUAAAACUCAAAUUGCAUAUGUGUACACUCAGCAGGGGGAGAAAAUGUUCUCAUCCUGUAAGUAUUCUGAGCCCUUGGAAGGGAAAACACCAUAGCUCAGUGCUUUGAAUGCGGAAGAUUCCAGGUUCAGUCUCUGGCACCUCUGUUUGGUCUAAUCCAAAAGAUUGUUCGUUAUUCCCAUCGUCCUUGAUCAUUGGCCACAGGGUAGGUAAAGGUAAAGCUAUUCAUUCCAGACUAUUGUCUAAACAAAAUAAAAAAAAUUCCUUCCAGUAGCACCUUAGAGAGCAACUAAGUUUGUUAUUGGUAUGAGCUUUCGUGUGCAUGCACACUUCUUCAGAUACACGCAUGAAGUAUUUGUUUAGACUACGGCAGACCAACCUGUAACUAGACUAUUGUCUACUUCUUCAUGUUUGGGUAUUUUUUGCUUCCUUGAAGCUGCCCAUUCACAAUAACUCUGAGAGGUAGAUAAGGUGGUGGAGAGAUAAUAGGGGACAGUGCAAAUUAAGCCCCUGAUCCGCCAUGUCCAGAGCUCUGCUGGGCUCCACUGACCUCUGCCAUGAAGGAAGCUCAACCACCAACAGAGAAGCUCUGUCAGAGAGAGGUGCCCCAGUACACCUUCCCAAGUGGCAGGAAGGAGCUGACACCAGUAUCUGCCCACAGAAAGUUCUUAAGAAGAAUGGUUUGGGGCAGAGAGGCUCCUGUGCCUACCAUGCUGCUAUCACAUGAUGCCAGUGGACCUGAUCUGCGCCUCUUUUCUGUUCCAGCCUAGGAACUGUCUCAGAAAAGGGGCAUUUUUCCUGACCCCGACCUUCCUCUCCAACAGGUGCAGGUUCCAAGUCUGUGGGUGCAGUGCCAGCAACACCACUUCAUCCAACCCCUGAUGGCCAGGGGUUAGGAUUGUGCCUUGAGUUAUCCAUCAAAUAGCAGUGGGCUUCCCAGUCCAAGUGUAGCACCAUGGCUCUUUCAGAGGAUAGACUGAUGGAAUUAGUAGCUGGGUCAUGAACUGCGGAUUUCAUUUUGUGCUGUCUUCCAAGCAACAAAAACUCAACUAGGUGUCACUGAAUAUGCUGCUUGUCUAAUGGUUUGUGGUGCUUUCUUUCUUGCAGGUUGCUUUGUUGCCAAAUAAUGCUGCUGACCUUAGCAAACCAAUCACAGGAGAAAAAGUACUUGCAUCCAAUACAUUAAUACCAGGUCCUCCUGGACAGCCAGGUGAUCAGGGUCCUCCAGGUAAAGCAAUAAAGUAGUUAAACUAAUUUUUAUGUUUAUCGUAUUUGUAUACUACCAUUCGUACAAGGAGCUUAGAGUAGGAACAACCAUGCAUCAACACACACACACACACACACACACACACACACACACACACACACAGUUAGAGCCUCAAAGCAUGCCUUGUUCCAUCUGGUUUAUCCCAUCCCAGGAGCUGUCCAAGGUUCUGCAAGCUUGAUUCUUCCACACCUCCUCUCCUAACUGAAAAUAUUCCAUUCCCAAGCUAUAUAUUUGUUUAGUGAUUAGUGAAUCUCUGGACUGGGAACUGAGAAAGGUUUCUCAACUUUCCUUGCCAAGCUCAACCUGUCAGAUCUCACUCUUUGUGCUCUUUAUAUGCAGGAGACAUAAAGAGCUACAGUAUUUAUUCCAUUUAUUGCAUUUCUAUCCCACCUUCCUUGCAAGCUGGGAAUCAAGGCAGCUUGUGACAUUUUAAAAACAUCAUUGUGAAAUACAAAGUAAUAAAAACACAUUCAGAACCAGCAUUAAAGUACUACUAUUAAUACCGUGCAAUAAAGUGCAAUAUCAUUAGAGUCAGCGUAGUAGAGUGGUUAGAGUGUUAGACUGGGAUCUGGGAGGCCAGGAUUCAUAUCCGCACUCAGCCAUGAAGCUUGGUGCGUGACCUUGGGCCAGUCACUCUCUCCCAGCCUAGCCUACCUCACAGGCUUAUUGUGGGGAUUAAAUGGGGGAGCAGGGAGAAACAUAUAAGCCUCCUUGAGCUCCUUGGAGAAAAUGCAAUCAAUCAAUCAAUCAAUCAAUCAUGUGGUUGUUUUGUUUUAUUUAUGUAAUUGUAUCAUAAUCUUUGGGCUGAAUUGAUCUUAUUUUGGCCAAGAUACAAGGCAGAUGGUGCAAACCUCUGGGCUCCUGGUUAGUCUUCCAGCAAUUGAGACACAAACUAAAGUAGGGGUGUUGCUUCUCCCCGUUGUUCAGCCCCCAUUCACCAGCCACAUCUAUGAACCCACUGACAGCCUUAACUAUCUCCCUUUUAUUGCAGGUGCCACAGGUCCGCAAGGGAGCCCUGGAUUUCCUGGAUCUCCUGGCCCUCCAGGUCUGCCAGGCCCUAGAGGAGCAAUGGGGCCUAUGGGACCCUCUCCAGACCUGUCCCAUAUUAAACAGGGCAGAAGGGGCCCCGUGGUCAGUAUUGCACCUCCGUUCCAUAAAUGCACGCAGCGUAUUGGUUGGGUUAUUGCAUGUUCAUAAGGACUGUGGUUUUGUUUUUCAGGGUCCUCCGGGAGCACCAGGAAGAGAUGGAGCAAAGGUGAGCAAGCAAUUCUUUCCCCUCUAGCAUGUGUCUUAUGAAAUGUUGCUCCCAGUUCCCAACUAAUUGGAAGGCAGAAGGAAGGCAGCAGUAAAGCUGGGCCUAUCCCAAGAAACAACAAGCAGAGCCCCCUUGUGGCUGAGUAGUGUGAGAGUGUCUUGCAAGUGAGCUUCUGUAUGAAUCGGGCGUACAACAUGGCCUGCCUGCUAAUAUAGAUUGUUUUCCUGUUGUUCCUUCCUAACCAGUGUGAUGGUCAUGUACAGACUGAAUCUCCACCUGAUACCCCUGAUAUCUCCCAAGCUCAGGAUAUCUGCAGACCCAAAUCCUGAUACAGUAAUGGAGCCACAAAUCCAUCCUAUUGAGCAUUGCAGUUUAUCUUUUAUCACAGAUCAGGGCCAUAUCUCCUUAGAUAUGUCUUGAAAUUGAAGGUUCUAUGCUGUCAUAAUAUUGUCCAUCUGCUAUAUUAAUUGGAAACAUUUUUAGCCUACAUCUAGGGUAUAAAUGAAUCUAUUGUUCAUUUACUUUAUGGUAAAUUUGAUUGGAACUAUUCCCAGUACAGAUAGAUUUGGCUUUUGGGGUGAAGUUGUUUUAGAGUUUUUCCCUGCUCUGGAAUAAUCAUCAAAGCUUUUUUCAAUUUGUUGAUUUGAAUACUUACAACAGAUAAAAAAAAUGUGAUUAGAACUAUGAUACUUAACUUUGAUAUGUAACAAAAGGUAAAUGAAAUCAAGGCUUCACACUUAGUAGUGUGAGAGCCCUGCUGAACUCAGUCAGAAAUACACCUAGUGAAAGUCCCAUUUAACUCAGUAGGAUGUUCAAAUGCUUAACCUUUGCUUCAAGUGUAACUUUUCAGAUCACUUAAUGCGUGGUUUGAACGAUGAUUUAGACUUUUGUUCAUUGAAUUUGUUUUCUGGCCUUCAACUCAAAGGUUUGCAGGUUGUUAAAUAGCAAUACAGUAUAUUAAAAAUAUACAAAUCCAUAGUAGAGGUGGUUGGGGGGAAACCAAUUUAAAAUAAGUAUCAUAAAUGAAAUAUCAAAUAUGAAAAAAACUACAUUACAAUCAGGGACAUGGGUGGCGCUGUGGGUUAAACCACAGAGCCUAGGACUUGCUGAUCAGAAGGUCGGCGGUUCAAAUGCCUGCGACGGGGUGAGCUCCCGUUGCUCGGUCCCUGCUCCUGCCAAGCUAGCAGUUCGAAAGCAUGUCAAAGUGCAAGUAGAUAAAUAGGUACCGCUCUGGCGGGAAGGUAAACGGCAUUUCCAUGCGCUGCUCUGGUUCGCCAGAAGCGGCUUAGUCAUGCUGGCCACAUGACCUGUACGCCGGCUCCCUCGGCCAAUAAAGCGAGAUGAGCACCACAACCCCAGAGUCAGCCACGACUGGACCUAAUGGUCAGGGGUCCCUUUACCUUUACAUUACAAUCAAGCAGCAACCCACUUCUCAACCAGUUUCAUAUGCUUGAGAAAACAAAUGCAUCUUGAUUGACACCUAAAUCAAUCUGUUCUAAUGCUACCAUCCUUUAUACACUAGCCUAUAUAUACACACUGAAUUCAAUGAGACCAGCUUUUGAGUAGACAUGCAUAGGAUAACACAGUAAGUGAUUUUGCAUGGUGAAAGUGAGAUGAGGUCUCUACAGAGUCGAAGGGACAUUUUGAUGCAGGUUCCUUUUGAAGGAUGGAAUAGGUCUCCAAGUUAUGGUUCCAUUUUAAUCAAUGAAAAUGAUGUUUGUUACAGGGUGACAGAGGGGCACCAGGAGAAAAAGGAGCACCGGUAAGUAUCCUAUCCAGUUGCAAUGCAAUGUUAUUUAUUUAUCCAAUUCCAAAUGUUUAUUUACAUACUACCGGUUGGACUAAACGACCCUCUAACUCUACAAUUCUAUGUUACAACAACUAAACAGUUGCACUAGCAUAAACCCGUUGAGCUACACAACAUAACUUCCCCUCCCUCUCCUCUCUCUGUGUAGCCCCCCCCCCAUGUGUUUCUAAAUCUGUUGCGGGAUUGCUCCCAACCCCCCCCCCCAGAUCAAAUUUAGGAGGUUCACAGGGAGAGGAAAGGCAAAGUUCCAUUGCACAGCCCAAAGUGCUUGUGCUAGCAUAACUGUUUAGCUGGUUACCACCCAUAACAGCAUGAAAUGAAGGGCUGCUUCAUGCAUUUCUUUUUCCUAUAACACUGUUAAAUAUACUAAUAUUAAGAGCUACAGUGACCAAAAUCUGCACCUCAAGAUUGCCCCAUCCAGACAAAUGCACUGGGCAUGGGAACGCUGAAAAACUGACCCCUGUCUUCCAGGGCUGCUGAUAAUUGUAUGGGUGGAAUAGUCUCUCCCAUACCUGUGUCCCUUUGUCCUUCCAACUGCAAUCAGUUGGAACAGUCUUCAUUUAUGCUUUGGAACUGCUCUGAAGCACACAUGGGACUCCAGACUGAGGACAUUGUUUAAUGGUUAGCAGUAUGAAGAUGUGAGCAUCUGUCUGUUUUUCAGUCCCAAUAAGUGCCUUCUGUGCUCUUCCCUUUAAGCAAUUGUUGACGUUUCUUUUAAUGAAAUAAGUGGUGAAGACAUGAACGUCUCAUAUCAGACACUCUCAGUUCCUAUACAAAGCCAACUCUGUGCCCACAAUAGUGAGGGUAACAGAAUCUUACACACUGAAGCAUUUCUCAUUUCUUAUUUGAAAUUUGCAUUCAGAAAAGAUUCAAGUACAGAUUGUUUUUCCAGAUUUCAAUUUUCAUUAGUUUCCUUGCUUCUGUUUUGAUAAUCUAUCCAAAACUGGUGCUGUGAUGUACUGUAAGUCAUUAGGAACCUGAGGGACUAGUAACUUAAUUGUCACCCCUGUAAUAUUUCCAGGGGCCACCGGGUUCUUUUGACUUCCUGUUGCUAAUGAUGGCCGACAUCAGAAAUGACAUCGCUGAGCUGCAAGAGCGGGUGUUUGGCCACAGGACUCAUUCAUCGACUGAAGAGUUUCCAUUACCUCAGGAAUUUACAAACUAUCAGGACAUAGUGGAUCUGGGAUCCGGAGAAGAUUACAAACAAAGGACUGCGUCAAAAGACUCCCGAACGUAUAGAGAAGGCAAUCAUUAA